GGUGUCGGGAGCGCGCUCUCAAUGCAGCCCCUCUCUGACCGAUAUUACCAUCACGGAGGGGCUGGCAGCACACCGCUAGCUGUAGCGCUGCCUCUGAUAAUAAUCCGAAUUUCUCUAAGCGUCUGCCUCUGCUGUCCAGCGGCCCCCAGGCCGGCCGUUACCCACCAAACCGCCUGCAGUGAGCGGACUGUCUUCCUCCAGAUUCAAUGGCAGUGUUUUAUUAGACAGCUAGCAUGCUAGCUAACUGCUAGCUAGCUAAUGUUAGCUUCUUGCCUCUUAAAUUAAUGUAAAAAGCUGACGGUUGAGCUAAUCUGUCUCGCCCGCUCUCUCUUGAGGAGCUGGGUGCUCUCCGGUCUUUCUGAGAACUUAGAACGAUCCGGUGAGACCCGUUUUCUGGAGGGAAGGAGGACUGAGCUCGGGGGUCGGCGGCGGUUGAGGUUGAGGCGGCGGGCUGCCCUCCUCCCCUCAGGCUCGGCUCUCUGCUGCGCCGGGGAUCGGUCCCGAUCCACCACCCGCUCCCUGAGCCCCGGAGAAUCAGGCAUUUUUGCUGGACUUAGACCUGACCGGGAUUGUUCUGUAUCGGCUAACCUCCUAAAAGACGAUUCAUCUGGAUCUGUGGUGUGGGAGAGGGGCGGCUGACCCGGGGGAGGGGGCUCGGUUCGUGUGGACGGGGGACACAGACUGAACAUGGCUGCUCCGCGGGACUCGGUUCGACACACCGCCUGAGGUAAGAACCGCCGGUCCGGCUCCUCUGUUUUCAGGUUUAAAUGUGUGUAUUUGAGAUGUGUGUCUAAGUGUGUGUGUGUGCAUUUGUGUAUGUGUGUGUGUGUGUGUGUGUGUGUGCGAGGGGCUGGACAGGCAGGCAGUGCAGCCUGCGUUGUCCUCCCGGCCCCGUAUCCCUCCCAUAUCCCUCUGUCCUCCGGCCCCGUGUCCCCGCUCCCCCGCUGAUGGUGAUCCAGACAGAGGAAGGCCGAGCUCGGUCGGUGAAAAAGGUGUGUAACGGUCCCUGCCGGACCAUGCACCGUGCUGUGAGGCCGUGAGGCAGUGCAUGUACAGUAACGGAGCCGUGCAUGCACCGUGAUGAUGGACUCCUGAGGUUUGAGCGGUAUAAUGUCCGCCAGGUGUGCCGCACUCCGCCCUGUCCUCCUGCCUCACCCUGAGCCUGAGCCUUCUCUAACGGUGUGAAGCUGCCCAUAAACAGGCUCAUGAUUGAUGCCAUCAGUGUGUGUGUAUCCGGGCAAGUUUUAGCACCGGGCUCCAGCCCUCCCUCUGGUUCUCUCCGUUUGCUUCCUGAACCGGAGGGAGGGCUGGAGAUGGAUGGAUGGGCUGUUACACGAUGCAAACGUGUUGAUAUACAUCCUCAAGUGGAGAGCAGGUAGCUUACAGUUUCCUUAUAUGAUGCCUUUUAUGUGUGAAAGCAGCCUGCAACCCCCGACUGUCCUCUGCACAUCUGCAGCAUUUCAUCUGCUGUGGCAGCUAACGCUAGCUGUUGGCUUAGCCACCGCAGCAGCAGCAGCAGCCCCAGCCCCUACCCUGCCCUGGAGUACAGGGACACAGGCUCUGCUGCUUGGGGAAAGGACUGUCUCUGUCUCUGCAAAAGGGACAAGUCUGUUAUGAACAGCUGCAGGAACCGUGACUUGACACCCCCUCUCUGUCUGUUUGGGUCUCUGUGGUCCAGAUUGUGUUCAGAGGAUGGGGCCUGAGAUUGUAGGUGGCUAUAACAAGGAGAUCUGUCACAGAUUGUGAUUUGUCACACCUUGCUCGGGUUCCCAUUACCUUUUCUCCUAAAAUGGACCCUUAUUCUUGAAGUACUUUAGCUUUUCUUCAUUUUUCAUUCAUCCUUUGUCCUCUCACCCCACAACCUGCUCUACUGGCUCAGUGCUGUGCACAGUUGUUUUGUUUGCUCAGUCAUUUACCUCUGUAAUAUCAUUAAUGCCAUUUAUCAGCCAAACUGAAGCGUUUGGAAAGAGCCAAACGCACGUUUUCUGAGGUAGAGGUGCGAGAGAGACCAGUGAGGAUGGACCUGCUCAGAAUGAGAGGAUCCAGUGGGAAGAGAUGAAGAAUAGUAGCUGUUUGAUUAAGCUAAAACCAGUGUCAAAAUACGGCAAUAUUAAGGACACAAGCAUGGCUGCAUUUAAAAUUUUAUGCAUGGACAUGCAGAUUUCUUUAGUUUUACAGUGAAAAGUGUGAGUGUGUUUGAGCUGACCGCUCAUCAUGUUCAUCAUGGAGGCCGCUGAUCUGAACCUGCUGCUCAGCUCCACUCAGACUUUAGUGUGAAAAACACCUGUGACCAGCAGGAGGAACUGACCCUGUCCACGACACUGUCAGCGAGAAGCAACCGCUCAGCAUCAGCACCACCCGAGCCUGUAUGACUGCUGUACGAUAUAUACGAUCUGCAGCUGUGCAGCACAGUCAAAGAUUACAACACAAAGAGGCACGCAUGAGGAUAUCCAUUACUUCCUCUUCAAUAGAUAAACAUGUUAAGUCAGAUCCUGUGAACUGGAUCUCAGACUGGGAGCACUGGGAGGUGGCUGUAGGAGUGUCAGACCCUCAGACAAAGCUCCAUCCCUCUGAUACAUGUUAGGAACAUGUUUGGCAUUGACUCUGGAGGGGUUUUCUACUCUGUGUGUUUUGGCCACAAACAGCUAAUAGGGCUGUUCUCAGACUGACGGCAGAGAUGUGGCAACAAGUUCAGACUGUGUGAGUUUGUGUGUGUGUGUGUGUGUAUGAAUGUGCACUCUUUAGCAUCAACCUCUCAAAGAGAGUUGACCAUGAAUUCCAAUGUCUCACUUUCAUCGCUCUUGUCCUGUUGACUCUGUGCUGCAAACUUAACGUGGCAACCGAAACACAACGCUCACCAGCCACAUCUGCUGGUCACAACAUUAACUUAUUAAGACACUGGCCCUCAUUUAUCAAUCUUGCGUAAAACUGAGCACAGAACUGAGCGCAGGAUUUAUAGUACAUUAGGACACACGUGAGAUUUAUGAAAGGGUUUGUAUCUGACCAAUCCCAGCGUACGUAUGAUCGGUCUUGAUAAAUGCGGCGGCUGAAAUUGAUCGUCAUUAACAUGUCACGCCCUUAAUUAUUCGUGGUUCAGAAGCCUCGCCCACUGAGGUCAAACAUGAAAGAGGAGAAAUAUUAGAAAGAUUCAAAACUUUUUCCAGCUGAAAGUGGAUAUCCUCACAUCUGUGGUGGAAACUAACAAGGAUUUUCUCUUUGGAAGCAUCAAAACUGGUAUAAAAGCAGUCCAGAAAACUCCUGUCUGGAGCAGGAUUAGGGUGGCGGUGAACAGCGCUGCCGCGGAAUAGCAGACAGACCAAAAAUUAUUUUAUUUUAUUUACGUCCUACUCUUUAAUGAAAUCUGGGUGAUUGUGCUUAAUGACAGGUUUGAGGUUUGUUUAUCAAUUAUUUUGAGACAGACAUUUGCUGCACUGCAAAUCUGCACUAACUCAAACUUGCGUACAAAAUGUAAGACCUGUCGUGAGAUUUGAUCGUAGUGUACGCUCACGUUCAAAUUGAUAAAUGCCGAUCCUUGUGUGGAGAUGGUCAUACGGACAGUGUUCUGCCUUACGUUCGUUUGAUUAAUGAGGGCCACUGUGACCAAAAGGAAAGAGAGGGUGGGAGGGACUCUGUGGCUGACCCUCUGCUUCACGUGAAUUAAUUGUGGAUUAUGUGGAUUGGGUUAUUUCUACUGCUCCUUUAAUGUCUUGUUUUGUCUGUUUUUCUUGUUUGUGAGUCUGGUCACUUUGUGCUUUUACUGCAAAGACAAAAGACAAUUUUCCACAUUGUGGACAAAUAACAGUUGUCCAUUCAUCCAUCCAUUUAUUUAUUUAUUCCUUCUUUUAAAUCUGCAGAUCUGAUAUUGCCCUAUUGAUCCCUGACAUGCUUGGAGUAUCAUGUAACACUUAAGGUUUCCAACUAUUUGUGUGCUGAGCCCAGCAGUUUAAGUGCCCCACCUGUUGAGGCGGCAGUCCACAUGGCAGCAGUCACUGGUUCAACUCUCAGCCUCAACACUUGGCUGUAUUUCUUGCCCCGGUCUGCAUCCCAAGUUUCCUGUCUCUCUUCAGCUAUCUAGAUAAGUUAAAAAUGCCCAAAAACAUAGCUUAAAAAGAAAGAUUCCAACCAUCACCAGCUCACAUUUUCCAGCAGCCCCAGUUAGACACACUUAGACACAGAAAGUGUUUAGGCAAAAAAAGAAGACAUUUUUUUUAGCUCCUUUCACUCAUUUGGUCCUAAGAUUUCCAGGACUUAUCAGGACCCCCUUUUAAACACGUGAUCCUGAUAUUUCCCUGGAAUUUCAAGAUCUCAGCUCUGUUCAAGCUAGAAAAGCAAGAAUCAUUUCUGAAACUCCUCUAACAUGUGGGCCCAGAAUUUUCCAAACUGUAUUGUUCACAAAUGACUCUCACAGCAGGACGUCUCUGGUGUCAAGAGGUCAGAGGUGUGAGUCUCUGGAAGCAAGACAUGGCAAUAAAAUCAGCCAGUGAAAGUCACAAUAUGAUGUUCAUAUCAUGAUAGAGGGUGAACUUUCGCAAAUAUUUCCUGAUAUGUUCCUACAGCAGCUUAACAUUGGCCUUGUAUCAUGGAACCAGGCGAGGAAAGUUGGUAAGGUUGGAGUUGAAGUAUUAUUCAAACAUGCUGCCUACCCCCAAAGAUUUUGUUUAGCUUUAGGGGUUGGGUGCAUGUAUAAAUCAGACAAAAAAAUCAUGGAUGUAUUCUUAGUGACAUCUCAGUGAGUGGUCGCCAUUGUGGAAAUUCUGAUCCAACCAAAGAUUUGGUCGACCCAGCAAGAGGCAAGAAGGUUAAGUUAAGACCGGCUUUUACCCUUCUUGCUAACAGCUUCAGUGUGUCUACCUGUCAGCCACACCCCUAAUGUUACAGAAGUCAGAACUCUGAUAUCCUCUAAGCUAAUUAGAAGAAAAUUCCACCACCAUCAGUGUUUGGGAUCUUCAGACCGAGAUCAUUUUGAAGUCAGGCUGUAAACUUGUUCAAAGACAGGCUUCUUAGAAUGGGUGUGAAUGUGGCUCCCUGCCUUUAGUGGACAUGUGAAGUACUGCAAUUUUAAGCACUCACACAUCGGCUUCAUUUUCAAAGCAAAGGUUUCUGCUUGGUGUGAAUACAGCUUCACUGAAUGUGAUGGCGAAAAGGAUGACACUACUAACAUUUGCUGUUCAGGUCUAACAACAACAACAACAUCUACAUCUUUUUAUCUAUUUUGAUGGUCAACAGUCAGCCAUAACUUUGAGCUGUGACUUGGCUAACAGUCAUAACAGUCUACAUUGUGGUUAACCUCAAAUAAUCAGUUCUCGUACACAACUCCACUUCAGAACAGCACUGGAACAGAGUUCCAUUUUCAUUCAUACUCCUGCUCAAUCUCAACCUGUAUUCUGUACCGCUGUGCCAGAGGAACAUUCAGAGUAAGGGAUGUUUUCUUGCCAGUGAUGCAAAAUGUUUUCAGAACAAUGUCGGUCUUUUAAGACAAUAGCUUAAAAAGUGAAGUUUUGGUAUCAGUAGAUUUGAAAAUUUCGGCAAAUUAGUGCACGCAAUGACAGUUUAGGCACACAGAAAAAAACUUCAGCUAGUCGGCUGUAUGGAAGGAUUUUGAAGAGUGAGAAAAGACGAUAGACACAUAAGUUCUCAUCUAAGUUUAUAAAAGGAAAAAUAAAUCAUUUUGUGGUGGAAUAGAAGUCUGUUGGUCGUGUUAGUGUCUUUUUCUGAAGAAGACUGUCUCGGUAGGAGUAACUGGUGAACUCUAACAUGAAUAAGUUUGUUUCAAUAACGCCAAAAAUGAGUUUGAAAAUGCUGUCAUAUUUCAAAGAGUAUGCAUCCUAGGUUCUCAUUACACCACAUGCUUGAGUUAAAAUUGUAUUUUAAUGUUAAAUAUUUUUAAUUUUACAAAUAAAGCAUGACACAGCUGAGCAACACUUAAUAAAAUCACUUCUCUUAAGUGACUGAAGUUGGAUUUGGAUCAAGAAUGAUCCAGAAUUGUAAAUACAGAAUAGGAAUCAUGGAAAUCAGCCAUUUUGUUGCUUUGUACUGUAGGCAAAGCCACCAACACAGAUUUUGAACUAAGGCAAAUUUGCACCUGUCCCUGGUUAGGCUUCCAUAUAUGAAAAUAGAAAUUACAAAUUGUAAAGUUUAAAAUACCAGGACACUUCAACAAAGAUGCAUGACAAGAGACAAAAAAACAGUUCAAACAUGACAAUAUUUUUAAAUGUUCUCAAGAUGUGCAUGUGUAUUUAAUAUAUAUUUUCCUUCUUUCAAAUAUAUUUGUUAUGCUCACAGAUUUUUAGGUAGUUUGCAGGAUGUGACAUUAAUGUAGAGGUAAAUCUCUGUUCAGCCCUGUGUGUCAAAAUGCAUCCUUAAUGAUAUGAGGACUCAUUGUCUGUUGUAGUGCUGGACGAUAAUUCGAUAACAAUAUAUAUCGAUCGAUAGACGUGUGCUGCGAUAGAAAAAAAACGGGUCGAUAAAAAGUUCGAUAGAAAAACACAGUUUCCCUUUCUUUUUCAUCAUAGCCUAUCAUGUAGCUUUUACUACAGUCAUUACGUCCUCCCAACCAAUCACAAACGCAGACCCAGGUACGCUACGGCACCAAGCCCAGCCCCUAUCAAACCACAACAGACAGCACGUGUAUUAGAAAAAAUGAUACAGCAAGGAGAAGCGGAGGACAUUGUCCCGAAAAAAGGUUUCAGUAGUUCACCAGCAUGGCAAUGUUUUGGUUUUUAGAAGUCUGACAAAAAGCGAACAGCGGUCGUUUGCAAAAUUUGCAGAGAAUUAGUAAAAACCAAGUCUGGUAACACAACCAACUUGUUCUACCAUCUAAACCGAUCGCACCCGCAGGAGUACGAGCUGUGUCGGCCGCGCCGCGGCUCCACGUCAUCGUCGGAGGAAUCCUCUGGAACCGCUGCCAGCACCAGCACAAAGCAUGUGAAGCAGACCAAACUGGACUUCGUUUCUCUCCAAAAAUACGACAAAGCGUCCAAGCGGCAUAAGGACAUCACCCAUGCAGUAACAUGCUCCAUAGCGAGGGACAUACUGCCAAUAACUACCGUUGAAAAGCCUGGCUUCGACCAGCUUCUAGCCACUCUCGACCCGCGAUAUGAAGUGCCCGUCCGCAAGUAUUUCUCAAACACAGCGCUUCAGGCAUGAAAAUGGGUCAGGGUGUUGUGCCGUAGAAUGCACCCCUGCAUCCCGUCCACUCAUUAGCUUCUUAAAGUGGAAGAAAAUGAGCUCAUGUUUUACAAAGACGCGAGUAUUUGGAUCAUGGCUACUAGCAGGGGGUGCAUUCGGCAGGGGUGCAUUCUACGACACAACACCGGCGUGGAUAAGUCCUGCUUCUCGUGCUUAGUUUGUGUAUUAAGUCAAUCACAUGAUAAUUAAAAAAAAUAAAUCUCCCGACCCCGGGAGAAAUAUUUCAGUGUUCAGACACCAGGCUGUGGGCAGUUUCCCACACAGUUAAAACUGGUAGUAUGCUAUUCCCACCUAAAGCUAUUCUGUUUAUUUAUAUAUUUGUUUGUUUUGUUUAUUUUCAUCAAAAGACUAUUUAAAUAUUUAUUUAUCAGAUUUUCUGGUCACUUUAGUCUUUAUGUUUGUCAGUAUUUACUGAUGUCACUCAGGCCACUUAAGUUGAUUUCUUUUUUUUUUUAGUUCUUUUUUAAAAAACUUUCAGUUGUGGUAAAAUAAAAAAGGUGGUUGAAUAAAGGUUUGAAUUUGAAUUCAGGGCUUGUGUGUUCUUUAUUAAAAGUAGGUCAUUAAGCAAUAGCAUAAAACAUCCAGGGCUGCAAUUAAAAUAUAUGUUAAAUAAUUAUAAUAAUUAUAUCGAUAAUUAUCGAUAUCGAUCAAUAUGAUUUAUUUUUUAUCGAUAUGCUUUUUUUCUAUAUCGUCCAGGCCUAGUCUGUUGGUAAACUAAAGGAUGACAUUACAAUGUGUUGCUGUUCAGGUUUCUCUGGAGGACAACAGGCACAACACACCUGCAACAACACUAUACUCGCAAUGUCUAUUUUAGAUGGAGAAAGAAGUAAUCAUAAAUUUGAAGUUACUGUCAUCACUAUUCAAAAUUUGAAAAUGUGUGUGUGCGUGUACGCCCACCUGCACAUGUGAGUGUGCGGGCACAGAAGUUUGUGCGCAGGCUUAAAACCACAGGAUGUGCCUGCGCUGUGUUCCAUCAGUGCCGCGUUCAGCGCUGUGCACUACGCAGCAAAUACGUUGCCGCUCUAGUCUAGUCAAUGCUCCAUUUUACACAGGAAGCGUCGCAGUGUGCCUCAGCUCCGUCUCGUAGCCUUGCUGUACUUUGUUUCGCAAAAGAGACACGCAUAAUCUAAUUUUGAAAGGGCGCGCGCCUCGCACACAUCAAGAUGAACAAAGAGAUUGACCUAUGUCAAGCACAGGGCAUCAUCAAGUAUAUUCAUAAAUAAAACGCCAUAUGUAGGGAUGCACGAUAUUCAUCGGACCGAUAAAAUAUCGGCCGAUUUGGGGGGAAAUUACGUCAUUUACGCUACACUGCUGCUAUGCUCCAAAGGCUUCAAGUGGACUAGGGCACAGGCCAAAAAUUCUGUGGGUUUUCUGUUUGAUGGUCAUUGUCAUUUUUAAACUUAGACCCAGCAAAACUUUGCUUUUUCUCUAUAUUCUAGUUCUCCUUCUCACUGUUGGUUACCCGUAGGGCUACUUACCUGUCCUUUGUGAGUGCAGGUCAGCAGCACAUUACAAACCACCUGUAUGACACACACAUGAUGUUACAGAGUUAUUGACAUCCCCAGAGGCCCUAAUCCACACAGUGAUGGGAUUUGCAGCCCUGUAGGAGGCAGAACUAGGCUAUAUAAUAAGUUUAUCUGUAUAAAGCUUGACUGGAAACACUUAAAAGUCAAAAGACAGCCAAAAUAGAGCUAUGGACUCCAGCUCCAGGUGUGAAUGCAAACAGACAAUUUUUUGGCAAACUUUAUCUGCACUUUUCUUCCAGCCUCUUUGUAAAAUCUCAGACAAAUUCGGGGUUAGCUGACACAACACAGCAGGUAGUGGUGGUGAUGGUGGGGGUAUGCAUGGCUGUUUGAUCCUCUUUACUGCUCCAAGCAUGUCUUAUUCCACUCAUCCAUUGAUACUGUGAUUACAUCCAAUUAGACAAAGCAUUGAUUAGAGCUGCUUGGUUAUGGUAGCUCAUCAUCGUGAUUGUUUUGCUCCUCUCCCUGCUCUCCUUUCUCCUCCUUCCGCCUCCUGCUCCUUUCUCAGUUCUUCUCUCUCCUCCUGUGGCUGGCUGAUGGUUUGUACCUCUUUUGUAGAUCAUGUUGAAGAUACAUCAGUCCUCUAUUAAUUGUAAUGGAACCGCUACCUGGUCGCUCACCAAAGGUUGUCUCCAUGAUCUGAGCUGCUCAUAAUGAGAGCUAUUUACGUAUAGAUUGUAACAGGGGCAACACGGCAGGUGGCACAAUAAUUGUUCAGUCUUGACUAUCAUAUUUUAAUGAUUGUGGGGUCAUCAUAAUCGUUAUUGAGAUUGGAUUCAUCACCUGGCUCCGACAUUGAUAGAAAGACCAGCAUCAUCAGCAUAAUGUGGCACUGAGGUCCAUCUGCCAACUUGAAUAUUGUGGAAAUAUUACAUGAUGUCUACUGCCAUGUACUUUUUAUGUCAUGCACUGCCUCCUGAGACCCCCCACCUCAACCAUCUAAUCUAAUCUGAAAAUCCUGUAAAGGAUGUGUUCAGAUAAUUUCAGCAGCGGGCUGUCCUAAAACUUUCAGGAAAUUCAAUGAGUGCUUGUGUAAAAAAGGGGCUUUUUUUUUUUUUUUUUUUACAGGAGGCUACAUUUACAGUAAGCCAUGUUUACAGUGGGUUAUGUUUACAAUCAGCCAUGUUUACUGUAGGCUGCGUUAACUGUGGUCCAUGUUUACUGUCUGUCAUGUUUACUGUAGGCCAUGUUAUAGUCAGCCAUGUUUUCUUUGGGCUAGGUUAGUUACAUCAGGAAUCUAACAUUAUGCAUUGGUUAAGUGUGACAAGAGUCUUCAACAUAUAAGAGCUUGGAAGUUUUUCUGCACCAGAAUUUGUCAACUGUCUACUAUGUUUUUUAUAUCAUACAGUUUAAGCUCUGUACACUGUAAGUGAGCGGUGCCAUGCAGUAAAGUCACAGUAGAAGGUAAUUCAUGCAAACUUUAUUUAGGACUGGGCUUAACUUUGAAUGUUUUUUGUUUUGUUUUUAAUAAAGAUCAGUUUUCUGCCUUUUCAUUCGCCAAUAGAACGGUAGCCAGAGUUGGACAUUUAGGGAAAAGAGGUUGGGGAUGUUAAGCAGCUGAGGGCCAGGAGUCAACUUUAGCCAUGAGGACUCAACCUCCAUUCGUCGACCAUGAGCUCCAUCCACUGAGCUUAAUCGCCUUUCUGUGCAGAAAGAAUUAACUCUGAGUUUGCCAGGUGAUUGGUGCUACUUUUGUGACAUUUAAGGAGAAGUCUGUGUCUCCCACAUUAACCAUAGAUGCACACUAAAUCUCCAGGUUAUCCAACAGUGACCUCAGCAUUCCCUGUAAGUUCAGACACUAUGUAUGUUUGACAGAGGAAUUUUUAGUCUUUUUGCAUUUUGCUCCUAGGAUAAGAUCAAGAAGAAGAAAAACUUCAUUGAUCCCCAAAGGGAAAUUUAAAUGUUCAUCAGUCAAAAAUUUCUCGUGUUAAUUUUUCCAGGUAUUAAUAUGCCGGCUUUUAUGGUAACCUGUGCUAUGUUUACACUAUAUCAUCAAUGUGUUAAAGUGGGAUUCUAUUAUAAAGUCAUAUUUAAACCUGUUACAUGAAUAUAAUCAGAUUUGUUUUUCUUGAAAAGAAGUUUGUAAUGUAAUGAUUUCCCAAGAUGUCUGACAGUUGAUGCAAAUUGCUACUCAUCUGUCCUGUACUCAGGUCACUUUGGUGGAGAGUUACCUGUCAAUCCCAUGUAUCCCCUGUCUAGAGCCUUCCCUGCUUUCUGGUCUGUGUGACUCUAAAUGGAGCAUCAUUUCCUAAACAAACAUCAUGUUGUUUUGAAGAAUACUGUAAACUAGAGACAGAGUCCAUAAACUCAGGGAAAUGUUUACUCAGGGAGUAAAUCAGCUGAGGAGGAGGUCUGUUUUCACAUAGACUGCUAUACAAUCAGACUGAUUUUUACAAACAAUGGAGUCACUCCCUGCUGGAUGUUGGGGAGAUUGCAGGUUUGAAACUUCUGCAUUGGCCUCUGUCUCUUAUCAUACUGCCUCUUCUUGUUGACUGUUGAAGUCAUAAAAUAAAACUCUUUUCCUAACAGCCUCAUCCUACACAUGAGGCAUAAGGGUGUAUUUUUUACCAUUGUGGUGGCAUUGCAAUUGUGAUGGAAAACAAUUACCACCACUUAUCAUAAAACUCCUUAAAUUUCUGGCCACUUAUAAGCUUUUGGAGACCAAGAUUGAAAACUAAAACUUAAUUGUAUAUCCUCUCACCUGGUGUUGACCACAGAAAAGGAUCACUGGAGAAAAGCUGAAAGGCAGUCAAUCAGUUUGAUUUGUAUAGCACUGAUGUAUUUUUAAGGACAAUUUAGUCCAUCCCAGAUGCUUAGGACUAAACAGGUGUCAAAGAAAAAGGGUUUCCUUUCAAAAGUCAGCAUGGACCUUCUACAUGUGUGACAUAGUGUUGCUUUAAACUUUGUCAUGAUAAUUCCCUGAACCCAAACCCUAACUAUGAUAGGUUUUUUGAACUAUAAGCAGAAUUGAAUUGGAAACUGUGCAUGUGGGUUGUAAUAGAGAAGAAAAGUGAACUCUGCUAUUUUGCAACUGUGCAAAAGUAGCAAAAUUGGAUGAAAUUUCUCAGUUGUUCAAAGAAAAAUUUGCACUGGAUGUAGGGGAUUUUUUGUGCCGUAGGAGUUCAGCUGACCCAAAUUUAAUUUGUACAGUUGCUUGAAAAAUGUGUCUGUGAGUCUUACUGACAAAAUGAAAAUCAACCAAACAAACAAACAAACUAGAAAAGUGGUCUCCCACUGUGUUGCUUUAUUAUGGUAAGGUGAUACAGAGCCAAACGGGACAAAUGGCAACAACAUGUAGGGGCCAUCAUAAAAGAUGACACAUUACAAGUGAUGGAAGUCGGUAAGUGAAAAAAAAAAUGGUGGAUGGGUUGUGUGUUGUACUUUUUCUUAAUGUACAUUUUCAACAGGCUCACAUUAAGCCUGCAGGAUCAAGCCUAUGUUCUGCAUACUAAAGGCCUCAUCUACCCUGGUCUUUUGUUUUGCAAAAAUAAUACAUUAUAAAAACAAAAAAUAUUACUCCACUAAAAUUAAUGUCACAUUUCUCUUUUACAGUGUUCCCAAACACCCCCCAUUUUCAUCUCUCGUAGUUCCUCCAGUGUUGGUGAAGUAGAUUUGGUGUUACUGGGACGUCUGGCCUUGAACUGACAAUGUUAUAGGAACUUCAAUCAGAAUGUGUACAUGAUGUCAAAAAAAACGAACAAAAAAAACAGACUUUGACCAAGAAGUAAGUCGCUUUAAUGCAUUGAAGGAGACCAGGUAGUUUUGAUGAAGACAGAGAGAAGUUUAAAAAAGACAAAGUUGAUGUAUCUUCGGUAAAAAAAAAAAGUUUUUAAGCUGUAAAAUUGGGCACAUUUUUAUUGUUAGGCUUACAACCUAUUUGCCCCUGGCUCAGUUUGAUUGUUUUUGAUUGUUCUGUAAUGUUGGGAUAGGUCAACUGGAAGAUGGCCAAAUAGUAACUUGCUGGAAGAGGGCAUGCCUCUAUUGAGGCAGACAUUCAUCAAUAAAUAGGUUCUUGUCUGGUAUAGACCAGGACAAGGACAGUAGUCCAGUUAAAUGACUAAUCAAGCUAUAACUGGAACUCUACCUAACUGUGCAUGUCAGGGUGUCAACCAGCAUGAUUUUUUGAACUGGCAGCACCUGUUUUUAUCCAAACUAAUGUGGUCCAGUGUUUUCAGUACUCCGUGUCCUGAGCACAAACACAAAAACGCCCUCAGAGUCAACUUUUGGUAUAUCAUUAGCUCAUCAAUAUCACUCCUUGAUCAAUAAACCAAUCAGAAUCAAGAAAGGGUGGACUUCUGAAAGGCCUUUGUCAACAACAAUGGUGGGGGUCUGUACAGGAGAGAAAGCACUACACACAUUUUAUUGAGGUUUAGUUUCCAGGUCAGCAGCUGCUGCUAAUGCUACGAAUCAAUUUCCAUCAGUUAUUUUUUGUUUAUUGUUUCUGUUUUGUUCUUGUUUUUUUAGUUUUUGCAAAAUGUAAUUGAAUGAUAGUAAAUGUAAAUACAAGCCCGAGGGGCAGCUGUGGCUCGGUGGUAGAGUCAGUCAUCUCCCAGUUGAAAGGUUGGGGAUUUGGUCCCAGGUCCUGCUGUCCACAUGUCUAAGAGUCUUUGAGCAAGACACUUGACCCCAUCUGCCCACACUGGCUCCACUUCGAGGUGUGUGAAUGGAAUUAGUCUAAAACUGAUGUACUCUAUACAUAGCAGCCUCUGCCAUCAGUGUGUCACUGUGAUGUGAAUGGGUGGAUGUGAGCUUUGAGUGGUCAGACUAAAGAAAGAGAAAUGGAAACACAGUCAGUUUACCAAAGGUCACUACUAUGGGAAGCUAAAAUGCUGCAUAACAGCUUUCAUAACCUAGCAACAAUCGAUGUCAGUGAGACUUGCUCAGAGACUGCUGGCACUGUGAACACAAAAAAGUCUGGUGGACAAACAUCCUUAACGUUUCCAUCAAGUAAAGACACUCAGAGAUGGCAAUCACAACUUUGGAAAUUCUGUCUCCAACUAACUUCUGGCUAACCCCAAAAACAGUUGUCAUCCUAACCUGAACGUAUUCCAGUUAAGAUCAACACAAAUUCAUGUUUCUCAUGGUUGAGAAAUCAGGGGUUUCGUUUUUGGAAAAAUAGACAAAAUGUCUCCAGUCAACAAGUGUGAGAUCUUUAAUAAGUCCAAACGUGUGACUAAGGACACAACCUCACACACUCACUGAUAACACUAAUAAUUCAUGCUCUAACACACUUCAUUGUCAUGCGUGUCUAUCUGUUCUCAUGAACAUGUUUAAGUUUAAACACUCAAAACCUAAAAUAAGUCAAACUGCACAAACAGUCAGCCCUGUUGGUCAUUUGACACAGACCCCUGUGUGUGUUUGUGUGUGUGUGUGAGAAUGUAAAUGAGUGUGAGUGUAACUUCAGGUCAGUGUGUGUGUAAUGUGGAGGAAGAGGCCCCUCCACCUGUCCUUACUGGGACUCUAUUUCUGGGUGUCACACUGAACUUGACUAUGUCUCGCCUGGCAACAGGCAACAGAGCCUGUGUAUGUGUAUAUAUUUAUAGAUAUAGAUAUAUAGAUAAAUAGAUAUGCUCUCUCUCUCUUUCUCUCUCCCUCUGUGUGUGUGUGUGUGUGUGUGUGUGUGUGUGUGUGUGUGUGUGUGUGUGUGUGUGUGUGUGUGUGUGUGUGUGUGUGUGUGUGUUAUUCUGGUCCUGACUACGGCAGGACCAAAGCUGUAUAGGCUCAUAUGGAGUGGCUGUGACAGCAGGAGACUGACCUGAACCAUCACUUUAGCUAAAAGAGGGAAGAAGCUAAUGUUAGCAUCAGGUUACAGCAGGUGUCAGGAAUGUGUUGCUGCUGUGAGAUAAACUGUCCUCUUAUUGUUCAUGUUUAAAGUCUAUUUGAUUUUUAAGCUAAAACUGUUUGACCAACUGAGUCAAACACUCUUCAUUUCACCAGUUUGUGUCAAUGCACAGAGUAAACUAGAGAUGGACGAUAUGGGCAAAGAAAAUUAUCAUGAUAAGUUUUGCCAUUCUAGCGAUAACGAUAAAGUCCCUAUAAAAAAUAUAUAAAAUUCUAAUCCAUGUGUGUUUGAUUCAUUCUGUCUUGAGAACACCAGUUGGCGUAGUCAAAUAAGAUACUAACCACAAGCUUAAUUGGUAGGUUAUGGAGAAAACUAGUGAUAUGUGAAAACACUUUCAGCAUUUAUUGAAAACUCUUAUAUCACAGUGAACAGCAGCAGAUCCACUGGCCGAUGUCAGGCAUACCUUAUUGCACUUGUCUAAGCUUCAAUCUUGAAGGAAAUCUCUCAUGUGGAGCCUUGUUUAGUAAUGUGCUGUUCAGAGGUGUCUUCUUCACCACCUUCAGCCAUAUUUAUUUGUGAUUCUGCUCUGUGUGGGCUACGUUUGCAAGUCUGUCACUCGUGCUUACAUCUUCAACUUGCAUUUAUCGCAUUUAUAGAAGAAGGAUGUAGGAUUUUCGAAUGAUAAUUUCGCCCAUACCUAAACAUAUAUAUGGUUCUUUAACCCUCACAGUUUAGUCUGAUUCUGACCUCAAAAUGAAAGAAGUAGAACAUUUAAUUUUCCAAAGAUUAAAAAUAUUUAAAAUAGUGAUCCUAAGGAAAUUUCUGAGUAUCUAAAUAUCCGCUGAUCAAGGUGUAUAAGCACACUUCCUGAUGACAUAUUUUAGAUUAAUUUUGAGUGUGUAUGUGUGUGUGUAUGACAGGCGAUUAAGGCAACAUCCCCCCCCAAAAAAAACAAAAAAACAUAGAAUUUCAAAGAUAGUCUUGAUGAAAAAAGAUUCAAGUCAUGUUUCAAGUCAUUUUAUUACUACAAGAAAGUCAUGAUAUAGCAAAAAUAAAGUCUAGAUGUUAUGAGAAUGGAGUUUCCCAAUUAUGUUUGUCACUAUUCUGUGAGAAAAAGUAAUGUUUUGAGAAUAAAGUGGUUGUGUUGCAGGAAUAAAGUGUUACAGAAAUGUAACCCUUGUGUUAUGAAUUAAAAGUCAUUGUAUGAACAAAAUAAAGUUGUUAUGGAUUGAGAAUAUAGUCAUUAUGUCAGGAUGUUAACAGAUUGAAGUCUUUAUGCUGUGACACUGUAGUCGUGUAACAGAAAGACUUAAAGUUUCAUGACUUUACUACUACUUUGUUCCUGUAAUUUUUUGACUUUUCAACAAUUUUAUUCUUGUUUGGGUAUAACUUUAUUCUCUUAACAUCAUAAUUUUAUUUUGAUAUGAUUUGAUUCUUUUAAUGACUUUGCCCUUGAAAAUUUAUUUGACGCUAAGAUGAAUUCACAUUUUUUUGGUUCGCCUGGAAAUAACUCAAAAAAAAAAAAAAAAAAGUAAAGCUUUUCAAACUCCAGUGGAAAAUAGUACUACAUAUUUCUUUGUUGACCUCGUCCUGUGUGUGUAAAUAGUGUCUUUGAAUGAAAAAUCUUAUUCUACUUUCUUUUGGUCAAUCAUAUCAAUUAUAGUUGAAUAAUUUGCCAUGAACACUAAAUAAGUUUUUUUUGAGCAUCCUCCGUGUACCCUUGAUGACCUUCAUAUCUUUCACUGUCCUCAAAGAAUGAGACCACCUUUCUUUCAUUUUGUUUAGUCACAAAAAAAGUAAUAAUGAAUAAGUGGAUUAAAUCAAAUUCACCAAUUUGCAUAGAAUAGAUAAGUGAAGCAAUAGAAAUCAUCAAUUUGGAAAACAUAGCUUCCCAGCUACAAAAUAAUGAGGGAGAAUACAAAAUAGCGUAAGCAUGAGUUUCACAAAAGUAGCAUAAGCAUCACUGGAAACUCACCUGAAAUCACUAAAACGGCAAGAAAGACAACACAAAGAUCACUAUGUGGGUGCUUUUCUAUUAUUUCUCCUGUACCAGCAUGUGAUUUAGAUUUUUGUUCUUGUCAUGCAGCUGUUCUGUGGUCUUUUUCUUAAGGUCUAAUGUCUAGUGAUUGAUUGGGCGAUGAAUGUUAUUUGUUUUUGGGAGCACACUGGGGGGGUGUCAACAUGGAUUUGGGGGUAUUAUAGGAGGGGAGUUUGUUGGAACAGGAUUGGGAUGUUGGUUUGAAGACAGAUAUGCUUUGUCCUUAGUUUGUAUUGUACUUGUUUAUAAAUGAAUUAACAUUAAUAAUCAUAAAAAAAAUGUUGAGUUGUGCUAAAUGUGAGGAAAGCAGAGUUCAAAAGUCGGAAUUGUCCUCUUGAAAUACAGUGAUGUUUUAGGUUGCAGGUGGGUGGUUGAGAUAAAGUGUCUGAUACUGAAAUCCUGGACUUUGGUACAUCCUGGUUGCACUGUCCAGUCUGCUUCCACAGACGGUCUCAGGUCCGCUCUGAUCAAUCUGAAGACAGCAGCUUGUCAUUGAUCAGUGAGAGUGUUCAGCAGGAGUGUUAUAUGUGUGUGUCAUUUCACAUGACAGGGAAGGACUUACAUGACUGUACAGCAUAUAUUCAGUGUGUCAGUGUUUUACAGUAAGUCAGUGAAUACACUAAAAGCAACAAUAGAGGCUUGUGUUAACAUGUGUUUUUGUGUGAAAUAAGCAAUUGGAGCCACGGAAAAGUUCAACUACCUCUCUCUCUCUCACUCUCUCGAUGUUCCUAAAUUUUUUCUUCUGAACAUGACAACCUGAUAAUUCAUCACAGGGGUCAUGGGAAUGUAGGAUCAUGAAAUGAGGUCAGAGGCAGUUCAGGCAUAGAAACUUUGACUUACAAAAAUGAUUUUUGAUUUAAAAUUGUUUGUUACUUUAUUAGAAUUUUUUUUAAGGCUUAAAUAAAAGAAAAUGUAUAAUUAUUGUAAUCACUGUAACAAUCUCAUUGUGUGUGAGGGCUAACUGCUUGUAAUGAAACUUUUUUGCUCCAUUUUUAUUUAUUUACAUUAAAAGUUUUAUUUUUUUCUUGUUCUAAGUGUUUGGGGGGUUGCAGCACACUUGUAAUUAUUAACGUUUUAAUUGACUGGGUGAGUAAAUCGUGAAAUAAUUUUUUGACAUAAUUUUAUUCUCAAGUUGCAUUCUGUAUUCAGGGAGCCAAAUGUGCAUUAGAGGCGUAACUGCUGUGUAUAACAUGAGCAGCAGCGUUUCUACUGGCUGUAACCCGGUCUUUUCCGUGCUGUUCCUCUUCUCCUGUGUCAUUCCUGCUUCGUUUCGCUUUUGUCUCUCUGGCACCGCCAAGUGAGAGGGGUAUCUCCGAGUGUGAAGAGCUCCUCCACUCCUCUCUGAAAGCGCCCUGCAGUAGCAGCAUGGUAAUUCUGCUCCUCUAUCUUUCCUCUGCAUCAUGUUUACCUAGCAACAAGCAUCACCCGCGGCUGGCCAUCCCAUUGGUCAUUUGAAAACGCACCGGGGACCAAUGGCAGGGCUGUUGCCAUGGUACAGUGUAUAGUUGCCGGGUGGAAUUUUGCUGCAAGGCACGUGAGUCUCAGAGUCUGCUUGCCUCCUCGCACUGCUGUUGUAAUCUCCGCUGUCUGGUCGUUAGUACAGCUGAACGUGAUUUGGAGUGAGCCAGUCCGUAACUGUGGAGGGAAUUAUUAACGUUUAUGCACAUAUUCAGUAAAAAAAAAAAAAAAUCAAGAGAAAUGUGUUUCCAACCAUUAACAACACAAAGAGAGAAAGAGCAGUGGCUAAGCAGACAACAGGAAGCGGCUGCGUCUGAUUCCUGAAGCUGCUUUUCUCCCAGUGCAAUAUGCUGUAUCACUGUCUAACAAAGGAAUAAUGAGGCUUUGACGCUAUCAGAGCCGUCUUUAGCAUUUUCAUCACACGUUAGUAAAUUUACUUAAAUAAAAUUACACUAAAUGCAUUGUUAAAAAGAUAUUGCUAAAUAAGUUUGAAACUGCUUUAUAAAAAAACAUUAAGCAAAAAAUAUAAAGGAAAACGCAGAACAGGCAAUUUAAUUUAUAUUUGUAUCUGUAUAGCUUGCUCAAAGUAUUCCAUAUGUAUGUAAAAUAUUCCAUAUGCAUAAAGGGAAUAAAAAUAACAUUUAAAUUGAGAUUUUAGUUUUGAAAAUAGUCUCAAAAAUGCCCAUUUUUAUUAGAGCUGCCAGUUACUUUUUUGUGAGAGUUAAAGCCAGUCUUUGCAGGACAUUAAGUCAACAUAAAUAAUAGCACAUCACUAGUUUUCCAGUUUACUAGUAUUGUUGCACAGCAUUAAAACCACCAUGUAGUCCUAUUAGUGUUUUUGUUCAUUUUUUUUGUCUCAGAAACUUGAGAAACAGUGUAUUGUGGGGUUAUAAUUACAGCAUAUAGCAUUAUUCUCUAGAUAGAACCCUAUCACAACUUUAUUUAAAAAAAAAAAAAAAAACAAGGCUGUGUGUGUUUGUAUCAUGUGAAUGCCCUGUCAUUCUUAGUAUUGACACACUUUCUUACCUGUUGUUUGUAAUUGUGGAGCUGAGAUAAUUGUUGGUUUUGCAUAGCAUGAUGAGAGCAAAAUACAGCAUACUCCGUGUUUCUCAUCAGUGGAGACACACACUUGCACACAGCAGGGAAAAGCAAGUGGAGUUGGACUUUCUCUUGUGCCCCUGCUCACCUGACCUCUUUCUAGCAUCUAAUUUGUGGUUUGUGAAUCUGAUUGAAUGCUUGCACAUGCUGAAAUAUAUGGCAUAAAAUCAAAAGUGGCACCGGUCAAAUGCUCAAAGAAGUCUGUGCAAACUCAGUUUGCACACAUGCUUUUGUGUUGUAACUGAGCAUACUUUUAUCUGCAACUUGUUCAAAGUUCAGCUGUAUACGUUUUUCUCAUGUCACGAAUACCAUAUAUUUUCCUUUGUUUACAUUUAACACCCUGUCACCUGUUGAACCAAAUACUGUUGCAAAGUUGCUGUUAAUAUUUCUUAAACAACUGUUUAUUUUGGGGCACUAAAUGAAACUAAAGUCUAUGAAAAUACUUCCUUUAAAGUUGAUUCUUAGAGCUUUAGUAAAAGUUCCUCUUCUUCAGAACAUGUUUCGUUAUCUUCUCUGUACUUGCUGACCCACUUCAUUAAAUAGGAAGUUUGGUAUACUAGACAGUGAGAGGCACAGAUCAUGAUAUUUAACCUAUAUACAAACUGCAUAAUCACCGAGUCAUCCAAAAGGAUUGUAUUUGUAAAAUGUCUAAACAGGAGUCUGACAUAAAGAAAUAAAUGAUGAAAAAUGAGUUAUUAUGUGUCACCUCCUCAUGUUACCUUACCUUUCUCUGUCUUGUUUCUAUGUGCAGUCCUUGGUACAAGCCACUGUUUUUUGCCUGAUAAAAUCUACCUCUGGAUCCCCCUAUGCUCAGACAGACCCAGUCACCCUGAGUGGGGCAUUAGGCCACCUUUGAAGCAGAUCACCUGGAGUGAUACAUCUGCAUCUAAUUACGAUGUUAGCACACAGUGCUCAUGUGCUUGAUGACUCUGUAAUACCACUUUCUGCCCAUUAAUCUCAAAAAAGGUAAUUUUAAUACAUGCACUAUAACUAUAGUGUGUUAUUAGGCCAUGAUAUCUCAUUUUAGCUGUGACCGAUCAGAUGUUUUUUUCUGUGUGGGAGUGUGCAGAGAUUUGGAGCAGAGGUUCAAGCGCCCAGAAAGGAAAUAGAUUACUGAGGAAAACUGGUCUAGCCAACAGGCAUGCUCCCAAACAUGUUUUUACCUUUACCCACAUUAGGUGAUCAUAACUUACCCAGAGAUUCAAGCACAAAACAAACAUAUACAUAAGCCAGUCUAUACAUAUUAAUGUGGGUGAGCAGCAUGGUCUGAUACAGUGACCAAACAAAUGUAUUUUCUUAGUCACCAAAAAUUAUCCUGUUAUCACUAAAAAGUAAGACAAAAACAAUGAGAUAAAGCAGUUUUAUAGUAACAGCAAAAGCAGCUAUGUUAACCCUAAAAAAUAAGAAAGUCAAGAUCUGAAGACAACCAGCAGUUCCUCUUUCACAAAAAAGGCUGCACCCUUACCUAGAGGCAACAACAUAUAAAAUAGCCAAGAUCCCUUUAAAGAGCCAAAUAUUAUUUUUUAAUGUGGAAAAACCAUUGUUGUCAUAAGAAGUGGGUUACUUUAAAGCUCCUGUGAGUACAAUUUUGGCACCUCCUAUCAACCAGUUUUGCUUAUUCUGUACCUCACAUGCUUAAGCAGUGUCUUCUUAAAUAAAGACUCAUUCUGCUGACUUGACAGGGAAAUUCUUCAUUUCAUGUUUUAUGAAAAAAAAGUUGUUUUAAUAUAAGUUUGUCAGUCUUUUUCCUAUCUGUUUUUGGAUAUCAUAAAAAGGCAUCAGCAUAAAUUUCUGUCUAUUUCAUACACAUCACAAAACUCCUCACAGGAGCUUUAACAAUCAGAAAUUACAAGCCAAAAUUCCAGUGAAGUUGGGAUGUUGUGUAUAUUUGCAAAAAGAAAGAAAGAAGUUUAUCAGUUUGGAAAUUAAAUAUCUUUUCUCUGUAUUGAAUAUAGGUGGGAAAGGAUUUGCAAAUCAUUGUAUUUUGUUUUUAUUCAUGUUUAACACAACAUCACAACUUCACUGGAAUUGGGAUAAUACUUUACAGUGGGAAAAUGAAGCACAAAUGACUUCUCCUGAGGAAUCAAGACACACACUGGUCAGGAUCUCAAAAAAAUAUGGCAAAUCAAUUAGCUAUUACAGGAAAAUUGAGUAAAUGUAAUGUUAAAUUCUGUUAAAUGUUAAGUUCUGCUUUAGGCUUCAAAAGGAUGCCCAGAUGGUAACCCUAAAAUGUGCUCUCCCUCUCUCUCUCUGUUUUUAUUUUUUUGUAAAUAAUUGUUAUUUCAAGUUUACUGGCUGCUCUUAACAUGUCAGGCUCGUUUUUCACAUCUGUAGUAUUAAACCCGUUCCUGUCGGGUAAAUAAGUCCAGGUUACAGUCUUUAAAUGACAUGAGACACGGACUUUGGUGGCCCAGAUGAGUUCGUGCAGAGUGUAUUUGAGGGUGAAUUUUCCUUUAAGAGUCCGUCAGCUGCUUUAUGACACUGUUUGUGUGCUGAGCUGUUCCCAGGCAGCAUUGUGCCUGAUUUAGCCGGAAUGCUCGGAUAGCAACAAGAACAACUUUUAGCUCAGGCUGAGAAGUCACACAUCUCGGCUGUAGGGAGUCACUCAAUGACCAUGUGCUCAUAGAAGCCUUUUGCCCUGCUCACUCCCCCGCUGGAUCUCCUCCCCCACCCCACACCACACCCCCCCCUUUCCAUUUCUACCUGACAUCUUCAAACUAUUUCCGCGUCAUUCCUGCCUCGCGCCUUUUGAAGAGACACUGGGAAACUAAGCCGAAGACCCCGCCCAUAUGCCCGUCCGCUGUCCAAUGAGAGCCAAAGGUGGGACUUGAAGCAGCCAAUGAAAUUGCAGCUGCCAUAGCGUCGGGUAGCAACAGAGCCCGUAGAGGGUGCCUGCUGAGCGAGGGCAGAGGCAGCAUUUACAAGAAUACAGACAAGUUGAAUCAUUUUUAAAGACUGAAUGGACAAAAACAGCUUUUAUAUGUCACAACGAAGAAAUAUUGACACGCUUUACCUCUCUUGUUGUUAGUUAGGGUCUGUUUUAUCAAACUGAGUCUCUUUACAUGUUUCAUGGUAAAUAUCUCCCCCACUCUAUGUCCUGAACUGCUGUUUUCCACUGUUUUACCCUGAAAAAAAUACUACUUUUCUGCAAUGACUGUUCAGGUGUAAUGUAUAAUGUGCCAAGACAGUGAUGUCGUGUUAUUGGGGACCUUGCUCAUUUAAUUUACAUGUAGGCCCCUUUGUUUUGUUUACUUCUCUGGUCUCCUCCCACCAGUCUGCUUUUAUUAAACAAAUUAAAGUCAUAUUUCUUCAUAUGCAAUCAAAUCUCACUUUCUAAACCUGCACAACAAGUUUUUUUGCGUAUGGAAGAAGGCUUUUCAGUCAAGUUUCAGGCCUAGUUUGUGGUAUUGUGGUACUGUAUUGUGGUAACCUGUAAAAGACAGUUUAUAAGUUUUUGUAAGUUUGUAACAAACUGGACUUUGUCUCUUAACUUGUAUCGAGAGUUUAAGCAAAGGUUGUAUGUGCAUGCGUGUAUAUAAAGUUCCAGUAUAUAUAUCCUGCUGUUACUAUAAAUGGACAGGCAGGAGAGGUCUGCUCGGACCGGACUACUGCGGUCAGAUGGAAGGUUACUGUCUCGCUAACUUGUUGAAGCCACUGAAAACUUUUCAGAAAACCACUCGGCAUCGAAAUGGCCUCCAAUGAGAGUUUUCUCUGUUGUCAUGAUUUGGUUCUGUAUGUGUAUCUGUCCUGGUUUCAGUAGUUCUGUGUGAGUCUGCGCCAGACAGAAUCGCUCUGACCCCCUCCCCCCCGCACUCAGAUGGUACAGUCCGUGUGUCAGGGUGGGGGAGCCGUGUGGGAGCGCGGCACAGAUUCCGUCUGACGGAGAAGCACGGAGAGGGAAACGGGCGACAAACAUGAGCUGAAAUCGCCCUUGUGAAGGUUUCCAUCUUGAAGGUCUUUGUAUAAAUUUACCGAGUUUAAAGAAGGCCGAGAAAAAAGGGAAAAAAAAGUGAAUUUAAGAGGGAAAAAGAGUGGAGGAAGACGGAAGAAGAGGCGCGUCAGGGAGCGAUCAAAGGCGUCUGACAGCAACCUCAGGAACUUAAGUGGAUCUGGUUUCUUUACUCCAACACGACUCAAGUUUGGGUUCAUUACAGCUCAGACGCUGUUUGUGAUCUAACUUUGGUGAGAUUACCUCUCUGGAUCGGGCUGUGGUAAACAAAGGAGCGGAGUUUGGAGUACAAUGCAGGCCAGUAGUGACCCCAGAUACUGGAUCUAAACUUUACCUGACAAAGACAGCGGCUGUGCAGGGUACCUGUUUGUUCGGUCACUUUGUGUUCCUGUUGCUUACCUGUGUGGCGUGGUUCUGUCCUGCUGUAAAGGAACUUCUCUCUGGAACUGCCCUAACACUCUGGACCUGUGUGUGUACAGGUGUCUGCGCACCUGUAUAGUGUAUGGGGGAUUACUGUGCGGUCGGCCUCUUUAAAGGAGCUCCUUUUCACCCUGGCAGAGGCCAGCCACCUCCUGCUCUGGGUGGGUGAAGGGGAGCUGAGUCUGUGUGGAUCUCUGUCUGUUUAGGCUCUGUGACACUGCCAGUGGAGGGCUGUGUGUGUUUGUGUGGAUUAAUCUGAGUGAUAACAUCACUCCACACUGCCCUGCUCUGCCCACUGAAGAGUGCCCCCCAGAAAGCACCAGUAAUUGGAGCUAUUUUUAGUAUAAGGGAUGGGGUAAAAGCAGGCAGCUGGAAACCCAACUCCCCUCCACCUCCUUGUCUUCCUCCCCCCCUCUGUCACUUUACCUCGCUCAGCCCACCUGGCAGACAGCAUGCUAGGCGAGCCUGGUUAGCGCAGGCUGGACUUACACCUGUUUAAAGAGUGAGGUAACAAACAUUGGAUGAACUUAAGUAAACUGGGAGUCCUGACUGUGCUUAGAGUUUCUGCUUCAAACCCUGUCCUGGAUUACGAUGUCUGCAGAGCUACUAGCUGUGAUCAACACUCCCUGGACUAAGUGAAACUAUAAUAAAGCAAGUAGAGUGCCACUAGUUAUUAACAUUGUUUUAGUGAAGUUUUAAUUUUUACAAGUUCAAUAUCAGCCACCAGCUAACUGGAGUGUCUCCAGCACAGAAAGAAUGCACGAAACUGCCAACGUAAGAAAAAGCUAAAUCGUAAGUAACCAAAUAUACUCUAAGACCCCGUUUCCCAGACCCCAAGAGAAACAGAAUAUAUAUGUAGAGCUCUAUAUCUGUAGUGGAACUCCACAGAAAGCAUACUUUAUAUUUUUACAACAGAGAGACGAGCUGCCUGUACACCGCUCGGUUGCCUUAGAAACCACAGUCACAAAAAAAAGAAAAAGAAAAAACAAGCCAGAGAAGUCGGUGCCUUUUGAUUGGUCGGUUUGGUUUCCCACCAUUUCAAGAUUUGUUGAUUGAGUUGGAUGUAAAAAGUGUUGACUCUGGGAAUCCAACGUCUGAUGACAGUUACCUGAACACACACCCAUCUCAGCAGCUUUGACUGACAGUGUUUCCCUGCUGGAUUGAACUGUCACCAAGCGUUUCCAUGGUGAUCACGUCAUCUUCAUCCGUGGAGGACAAGCCUGUGCCCUCAUGCAGAAUGGUCCAAUCCGAAGCCUGGAUCAGCACGGGCCUGCUGCGGAAGAACAAGAGUCAGUACACUCACUCACUCACUCACAAACACACACACACACACACACACACACUCUUUCUCACAAACACACACACACUCUUUCUCUCUCUCUUUCUCUCUCAUUCUCUCUAUCUCACACACACACACAUGUGUGUGAGUGAGGCUGCGGUUGUGCUGUGUUUCAGAACAGUGUGUGUUUUUGUCACUUUUUUUGGAAGAAGUUUAGUUUGAUUAAAUUUAGGUGAUACUCUGAGGUCAUUGGUGUGUUUUUGUGGAUAUUUCUUGGCGGGAAACUGUUGCAACAGGUGAAGGUGAUGAAUAACAACUAAGCCAAAGUUCCGAUUUUGGAGGGAUUUUUAAUCUGGUGAAGAUAGUUGGUCAUGAUGUCUGUCAUUGUUUGGUGAUAUGGUAUGGUUUAGGAUGUACGAUUUGGCAUCACUGACAGUUUGUGGAGUUGGUUGAUAAUGACAGACUAUGGAUUGUUUAUUUGUUCAACAUCCUUCAAUUAUUUACGUUUUUUUUUAAACAAAUGACUGAUUUCUGUUGUAAUUUCCAUGUGAAUAUCAUUGAAGUGGUCAAAAACAGUUGCAAUGUUUAUAAUGGUGUAAAUAGAAUCUUAAGCUGCAGUCGUUAAAGUUAGCUUAGUUUUAGUUUAGUUUUUUAGGGAUGGGAUUCCUUUACUAGGUUUUUACUUGUAGCUGAAGUAUAAACAGAGGUCUCACACUCUCAAAAACAACCACAUCUGUUGAUUACAGGAAAAAAUAACUCUGAAAACAGCAGUUUGAUUUAAAAUAGCUGUAUUCUCAAUGCUGUUCUGUUGAUGUAGUGGUGGCAUUGGCUGAGUGCUACCUCUGACAUCAGCCAAGUUUAAGCGGUUUAGCAAACUUUGAUCCCUUAUCACUUAGCAGAUACCUGUAACAAACUUAGGAAAACACUGAAAAACGAUCACAUUUCAAAAACAGUGAUUUUCAGAUGGUCUUUGGUGGAAAAAGUAAGUCAGAAGUGGCUACAAGACAGAGGCUGCUCCUGACUCACCUAGUUUUUGAAGUUUCUAUUCCUAUCUGUUCAUCGUUCACUGGAUUUCUACCAGUAGCUCAAUCAUUGGCCAAGAUCUCCUCCUUGUUAUAUCAACACACCUGGUGGUGAAUAUCAGGAUAAAUCUAUAAAAAACAUUAAUCUUCAAAUCAGUGUUUCUAGAUUGCUCUUUGGUGAAAAUAGAAAGCAAGACUUGGCUGCAAGCUGGGUGCUGCGAGCAAUGUUAGCUUAGUUUUUGGGUUAAGAUUCACACAUUGAUCAGCAUUCAUGAUGUUUAAACCUCUUUAGAUAAAUUAAAGCAGUGUAAAAAAUAAUUUUACUAGAAGAAAAGUAUGAAUAAAUUAUUUAGUUGCUUCUGAAGACAGGUCAGUUUUUUAAGUCAAGAUUUCUUUAGCGAGAUACAUUUGCGAGGUUUCUUCCUGUUGAAGAAUUUUCAGCAGAGGUCCCUUCCUCUCAAAAACAAUCAUACCCAUAUAUAAAGAAGGAGAAAUUACUCUGUAAUUAUUAAUGUUAUUGAAAUAAAUAAUGUUUAAGGUGCUCUACGGUGGACCCAUUAGGUCACAUGUAUCUGCAAACUUAAUGCUGCUUCUGACAUUCGCUCAGUUUUUAUGAUUAGGAGUCCCUUACUUUUUGCCAUUUAUCAGGUUCCUGAUGUUUUGGCAUUAAGCCAAGGGUUGAUUUGGUCGUCAAAGUCAGAGGUGGCUUCAUGCUGAAAACUGUUGAUAUUAUUUUACAAGCGAUUUUACGAAGACAGCCUGUUAUUAACACCAGUUAAAAGCGGAGUUACAGUUCAUUGUUAAACCCCGGGUUUCUUUACUCCCAUCUAGGCAACAAAGAAAGUAAGGGAGGUGUUCACAAGAUUUCUACCUGUUGCUAAACUAUCAUAAGAGCUUCUCUUUGAAAUGAAUAAUCCUGGUAAUAAAAAUGGGUAAAAACACUUUUAAGUUGUUGGAAAAGAAAUUCAGAAGAGGGGAGCUUAGCUGCUGCUAACAACAUUCGCUCUGUUAUAAAGAUGAGAAUUUUCCAAUAUCCCUCUUCCUUUGAGUCAUAUUACCUUCACCACACCCCUCCUUUUUAUGCUCUAUCUGAUUUUACUUGGGUCUUAAAUGUUGCCACUGAUGCCCACCCUGCUCUGUCUUUCUGAUUGAUGCUCUCCCUCCCUUGGAUUUUCACAUGUGUGCAUAUGAAACAGAUGAGAGAUGUACUCUUCCUGCCUCAGGCUUCGGCACAUACAAAUGUGGAAGGGUAGGGAGCUCUCACAACAGAGCCAUACCACCAAGUAUAACUGAUAGCAUGCACAUUUUUAAUAGUCUUUGAAGGAAGCAGUCCUGACUGAAUUUGGACCAAACUAAGUUAAAAAUGAGUGUUUCUAAGAUGCUUUUCAGCAAGGCUUCAGGGGCAGUUAGUCUACCUGCAGAUGGCUAAAGCCCUUUUUUUUCUCCUUUAACCUCCAGAAAUAUAAUAACUAAGGAUAUUGAUCUGGUUUGAAAAAAGAGAGGGAGAGCUACAAGGUAAAGGUGUAGCUGAAGUCCACAAUAAGGCAGUAGUGAUGGGAAAGUUGAAGUGUUUAUUUUGAAAGUUGAAAAGAACUGCAGACUUACUGGAUGUUUUUUAUGCAUACUGUUGGCCAGACUGGUCAGAGCUUUAUUUGUGUUUGAUAACGCUCAGGUUGGGUUCUUGUUUUGACAUCACUUUGCUACAACAGUUUGGCAGUCAAAGUUUGUCUUUUUCAGGGACAGCAAAUAUGUGAGGAUGCUGAAAGGGCUGGUUUUACUUUGUUUUGCACAUUUAUUCAUUGAUGAUCACCUGUGCAGGAGUUUUCCAUCGGUGAUGAUCUAUGAGUCUUUGUUUUUGGUGGCAUUUUACUUGGCUUGAUUCACAUGUUUCGAUCCUCCUUAUGCCACUGGUGACUGCUGGUUAACUCCUUCAUGAGCAGAAGGAGUGAGCUGUUCUGUGUGGUUUAUCUCAUCUGACAAAAUACACAGUGUCUUUAAUACCAUGAUGACAGAUGGUCAUGUGACCUGGUGUUGCUGUUGUCACUGGUUUCUUGUGUGUCAGUGGGACAAAGCAUGAAGAUGAGGCAGGCUGCUGGAUUGGAGUUUAUUGUAAGGACCUGGGGGUGUGCAAAUGCAAACAAUGUGAACUUUUUUUUAGGGUUCAUUUGAAAAUGCUUAGCCUUGUUUAAACGGUUUAACUGUUGCUGGUGCAAACAUGAAAUUCUUGUUUGAUUGAUCUUCCUGAUUAUUGGCUCAGUGGCAGAAUUGGUUGUCUCUGAGUUGGAAGGUCAGGGGUUCAAUUCCAGAUCCUGCCAUCCAUAUACCAAAGUGUCCUUGGUUAAGACACUUGACCCCACCCACCCCUGCUGGCUGCACCCAGUGGUGAGUGAGUGGGAUUAGUCAAGAACUGAUGCUCUCUUUUCAUAGCAGCCUCUGCUAUCAGUGAAUGUGAAUGAAUGUGGUGUUUAUGGAUGGAUGUGAAGUGUGAUGUAAAAGAGCUUUGAGUGGUCAGAGGACUGGAGACAGAAACACAGUUCAUUUACCUUUUACCAUUACAUCUGUACAUGCACACUGUCUUACAGUACUCACUUCAUCUGUGUGAUGUUAAGACAUCAGCCAUCAUCCAUAAUGACUCAAGUUUAGACUCAUACUGGUCUCUGUCUAAGUCUCCAUCUUUUUUCUCUCAUUUGGGAUAGAAAGCCAUUACAUUUUACACCAAUAGCCUAAGAUACCUCAGCAUCUUACUAUAAACUCAGCAGAUCUACUGUGCUCUGGGCAGCAGUAACUUGGGAUCUAACAACUGGAAGGUUGGUGAUUCGAUUCCCCCCUAUCCCUUGUCUGUCCAUUGUGUCCUUGAGCAAGACACUUAACUUCCCUUGCUCCCAGUGUGUCCUCCACUAGUGUAUGAUACGUAUAAAUGUCGCUUUGGUGUGCGCUAUAUGACAUUGUAAUCUAGUUAGCUGCUUUGGCCUGUUUUGAUGUGUAGCAUUUUCCUGAUCUUGAUGUUCAUUUCUGCACAGAUAAGAGUUACUCUGGGCUUUGGCUGCAAACUUAGGUUACACUGGUUGGCAAAAUCUGGACCGACAUUCGUUCAUAUGUUAAAAAGAUUACUUUGUUGAUACUUGAUCAUGAAUGCAAUGUUAUCUUUUCAUUUAUUUGGUAUUAACCAUAGACUCUAUAUAGAAUUGACCCCGUCUGCCUCCUUGCUGGGUGAAGCCACUGCAAGAACAGCACCCUCUGGUGACGGGCUGCAGUAUAGGUCAUAAAUCCUGCUUCCUCCAGCAAUCCCUAUGGAGCUAAUGUUAAAAUUUAGAAAUUAUUUACACGGAAUAUACAUUUUUCUCCCCCCUGCUUGCGAUGUUGACAUGUAGUUACUGUAAGACUGGUUUGUGCUCAAGUCCUCUUUUUUCUGUACAGUUCCGUUUUUAAAAGUUAUUAGGGGGUUCAUGUUUUCUAUGAUUAACAAUUGAUACAGUCUGUGGGCGUACGAAGAUUGCAUAGCUCACCAGUGGGAUAUGUUGUUUAUGCUGAGCAUCAUCACAGAGACUCUCCCGCAAGUCGUGGUUCCAGGAAAUGGAGAAAAUCCUGGUAAUACCAAGAGCAACUCAGCUUCAAAUUCGUAUAAUGACUUAUAAUGGUGAGACUUCUUGGUAAAAGCAGUUUUUUAGAACAUUAAAUAUUAUGUGUAAAUUGCCAGGAGCAGGUCCAGAUCUGGUUUACGCUAAAAUAAGACCUGUCACAGCUCUGGUUGUAUUUAUAUAACUGAUGUGUGCAAAAAAAAGUCCCAGUGUCCCUCCUGAACCCUUUCAGACUGUAAUACACACCCUCUGGUAUCACUGUAAGAGUGAGAGCAUUAGCACACUGUCUGAUAAACACUCAGAGAAACUGACUCAUGUUACUGCACAGCUCACACACACACACGCAUAUACACGCACAAAUGUAGCUGUUAUCUUUGGGGUUUUUUGUUUUGUAAGGAAAUAAAUCAGACAUUAGUGUCAUUACAGAGCCUUAAUGUGGCCCUGGUGGGAAAAACUUUGUUUUGUGUUUGGUGCAGUUUGCAGGGACUAAGAUAGGUGAUGGUGGAUCACAGCGGUGCAGCCUUGUGAGUGUGUGUGAAGGUAAACUAGGUGAGAGUUAACUGUUGAUUCAGACCUAUAGCUUCAUGCAGGCUCUUGUUGUGAAGGCAGAGUUAGUCCUCAUGCUGUGAAACCACAGGAAGUGUCAGUGAUACCAAAAUACUUGUAAAGGUUAACAUAUAAAUAGAGUCAUAUUAGAUUUCAUUAGAGGUAAAAAAAAAAAUCCUGCAGAGCAUGGUGUGUACCCAGACAGUUGGAGAGCAGUCUGAACUGCUCACUGCUCAUACAGUUUACAUACAUGAUCAGCUGUGUCUGGGCCAGGUGUCACGCUGAGGUCACGGUGGUAACAUACAUGUAGGUGAAGUAAAGAUUUACCGCGGUGUCUGUCAAGUACCAUCAUAGGGUCCCAUACAAAAAACUGGGGUUUCUAGCUUGAAUAUGAUCAUCCUCCAGCUGAUUAACCCUGAAAAUUAGACAUGGAAGUAAAAAUGUCUCUGCACUGUUUCUGUAGCCGGUAAAUAACUGUUUAUCUAUAGAACCUUUAUUACAACCAUCAUCCAUAACUCCCCCCACAUAUUCUAACUGAAGACAUCAUCCUCUCAUCUGGCAUGUACCUCUGCACAACGUUAUUUAAUAUUUAACGUCAACACUGUGUUUAAAACAAGUGUGUCGACCUCAUGUACAUAGCCCACCUGUUAUGUAAUGACAUAUGUAAAUAUUUAGUUCUAUCACUCAGCAUUCCUCUGCACUCCUCAGCAUUACACUACUGCCAAAACAGUCUCGUACAUAGAAGUUAAAAGUCUAAGCUUGUACAUUUUAUUGUAAUAUUUCAUAUUAAAUAUUUGUACAUGGAGCGAAGCCCACCGGUGUCACUUUCCUUGAAUGUGCACACAUACUUGGCCAAUAAAGCUGAUUCUGGUUCUGAUUCUGAUUUUAAAAGUUAAAGCCAGGCACAGUAAUUGCUACGAUGUUGAUUGUAGGAGACAGCGUUUUUUCUUUUUGUCCUGAAAUCAGAGAUACGUUCAUUUUUUGCUCCAAGCUCCUAUGAGGUAAAUAAAAAAGCAAUCAAAAAUGAUUGAUUGAUUGAUGGUGACUCUGUUGUGAGCGUUUUAGCAUGGAGCUUCUUUAGGUUUGCCCAGUGUAAUUAAAUGGCCAGCCACAGCUGUGACAAAUACAGGUGGACACAUGACCAAUUAUGAAAAAAUUAACAGUUAAAUGUCACAAAACAAUAUUUACGGCAUGUGUCAAGCUGAUAAUUUGUGUUUAAGCAGUUUUUUCAGACUUUUACAUGGUUUUUACUUCCUUUAUCUGCAGCUGACUGCUCAAGAUGUUAGUGCAUGGAGGGUCUUGCUUACCUUCUUUAAGUUUGUGUUGUUUUGUAUCACAGAUUGUUUAUGUAAUGAUAUAAUCGUGAAAGUUCAAAUGGGCACAUUUUACUCCUCAGAUCCCAACAUCAUCCUCAUCUCUCAACAUGAGCAUUGGCCAUAAACAUAGAAACAUGUUUGUGUGUAUGCCUGUUACCUGUUGGGUGGAGGUCAGGAUAUGAUGUUCAUGCUUUCACACUAUUUUGAUGGUGUCAGAUAAAGCUGAGCUAAAUAUCAGGGGCCGUCAUAUUAACUGGUGCUCAUGGAGAAAAAAAAACCUGUAGGGGUUUAUUUUGGACUCCGGUUGGACAUUUUACAAACACAGACAUAGAAACUGUGAGUCAGAGCAGCUGAUGUGCAGGGAUUUUUUUCCUUUCUUACCAUUGUUCCAAAUAUCAGUGAAGUUAAGCAGGGUUUUCUUUUACAUACAUCAUGCAAGCCUGAUAUGUAAUAACCAACAGUUAUUUCACUUUUGUCUCCAUGUAUUUCUUAGUCUUUUGUACAUGGUAAUUCACAUUAUGUUUAUGCUGAAUUUUUUAACUUUUUCCUCGACUUCUGACUCUACAGAUCUCCUUCACGAUCUCAGUUCUUGGGGGCUACUGAACACCACAGCUACUCAAGUCUUUUACCUUUAUACAGGUUGAGGGUAACUUUUGCUUUAGAACAAAGCAGCCAGAGACAAUGGGGAAUAAACUUCUGCUUCUCUGAUUUUCAUCUUUGUCUUUGUUGAUAUUGACUGCUCUGCUAGUUGAGUGGACACCUUGCAUUUAUUUUUAAAUUCCUUGAACUAAUUUUAUUUAGUUCAUCAGCAGCUUCUACAUGCAACCUUGAAACUUUCACACAAGCAGCAGUAGCUGAAGAGGUAGAGUGCUUGUCCAACAACUGGAAGGUUGGCGGUUUGAUUCCCCCCCUGUCCCUAGUCAGUCCGUUGUGUCCUUGGGUGAGACACUUAACCCACCUUGCUCCCAGUGUGUUCUCCACUGGUGUAUGAAUGUGAGUGAUGUUUUAUGGUGGUCGGAGAGGCCGUAUGCGCUCAUCGGCACCCACGUUUUUGUCUCUCUGCCCCAGGGCAGCUGUGAGGACAAGGGUAGUUUAACACCACCAGGGUGUGACUGUGUGAGCAAAUGAAUGAUGCAUCCAAUGUAAAGCACUUGGUCACGAAAAAAAGGCACUAUGAAAUCUGAUGCAUAAUUAUUAUUUAUUAUUACAAGCACUUUUUAAGCUUUUUAGAGUUUUUCAGGAGCUCCUUCCCCAGAAUUUCCUGAAGUUUCUAGUUCAUGUUUACAGAACAAUAGAGACGAAGCAAGAGAGACUUGCACCCUAAUGACUCUUCUUACAUUCAUAUCAAUGCUACGUGUAUACAGUUGGUAUUCAUUCUUCUACAUGUUACUCUCCUGGUUCACACAGGUUACAUAAAAUAAAGAAGUCAUCAACUACUCACAUGCAGCAGAUUUUCCCAAAUAUUUCUUGCUGUUUUCCCACAUGGCCUGAUUUCUUGUGGAAAUUUAACUAGGGGAUGGCCGGAUAAAAUCUGAGUAAAGUCAAGUAGAAAGUUGAAGCUGUGCAUGUACACACAUGCAUCUCACUCUGUAAAUUUCAGACUAUUAUUUGUGUGAAACCUGUGUUUAGAAACAGUUUUAGAUUCAGAUUGAAAUAUUGUUUCUUUUACAUAUUUGUCCCUUCCUCUGUUAGUGUUUUCAGUGUGGUGUACCUCAGGGGUCACUGUUGAGGCCACUUUUAUUCCCUAAAAAGGCUCAACUCUGUCAGUAUAGGUCUGUUAAUAAUUUAAUGCUCAGUGAAGCUAUUUUUCCCAUGAUGAUAUGAUUAAUAGAUAAAAAAAACUGGUUAUUGACUAUUUAUCUAGAGGCUUUGAUUUGUGUCAGUGUUUUACAACACAAAUGCUGCCAUCUGCUGGCGACCUGUGUGAACACAACCAAAAAUGUGAUCUGGUGUGAUUGUUGUUUGUAUUUUGAGCAUGCAAAUUUUUCACUGAUUUCAAACAGUAGAUCAAAUGUCAUGGUCUGUCUUGAACCCCUGAGUUAUUUUUUAUCAUGCUUCCUGUAUGUCAUCGCGCUCUUAACAAUGUUGUUUGACUGGCUAUUGCAGUUUGUUCGUGGUUGUAAGUUAUUAUUUUAUGUGUCUAUGCUCAGUUUGAUCUUUAUGCGUUUAAACAUAGCUGAGUUGACAGUUCCCCUCAUAUUAAGCUGCAUCUCAAUGAAAAAUUACUCCUGUUGUAAUUGUACAGGAGAAAAAACUAAAAUUAUGAUGAAGUAAUUCAGGUUCCAUGACUGGUUUUGUGUGUUACCUCAUUAGCUGCCCUCCUUGUGAUGGAGUUUAGCCCAGAUAUUAUAUUACCAUAGGGGAUAAAUUAUUAUUGCUAUUUGCUAUUUUUUUUUUUUUUAUACUUACAGUAAAACUCAGGUGUCCUAUGCUUAGUACUGUACCUAAACACAUCCUUGCUGGUCCACUCCAGUAGAUGUAAAGUUAUCCUCUAGCUGUUAUUUUUUUUUCAACCUUGAUCAAUUAUUAUGAGCACUUUGAAUUUAUGUAUUUGUUACAGUUAGACACCAAAAGUAUCUGCUCUGGUGUGAGGACAGAUGUGGUGAUGAUAGUGUGCUGAGCAGUUGAGAAAACAGGACAAGGUUUCCCAAACACUGAGGAUACUUUAGUUAAUGAGUAAAGUAUAAAAGUAUAUGUCUGCCUGCUCAAGUAAACUUGCUAACUAUUGACAAGAUGACUUUGGGCAAUAAUCAUCAUCAUGUCUUGUUUUGUUUUCAUCUAGUUUUUUUGUUUUUGUUUGUUUUUUAAAAUGCAAACUUUGUUUCAACUCAAAAGAGAGAAAAAUUCUAUUACAAUCUAUUUUAACCCACGAUCAAUCAGCAUCCAUGAUGGAUAAACUGUGCUCACUCUGUACCCCUCCCACAUGUCCAAGAGUAGCCUGUUGUUCAAACACCUUAACAAACACACUUUGGCUUAAAUCAAAGAACUAUUUUAGGUUACAGCUAAUUGUUUUAGUGAUAUGUUAGGUAAUAUUUGGUGUAUUCAUAUGUUUCUGUAAUACCCCCUUCCGCUCCUAGCACCCUCCCUCAACUACUACACUGUCACCUUGCAGGGACUUUAACUCUGAAAAGCUGUGAUGGCAAAGCACUCCAGACAAUCAGAAAUUAGUGAUCAUUACAAACACAAAGUCAGUAUAAUAACACAGCACACUAAACUGGAAACACCAAGGUAUGAAAAUGUCAAAUUUAAUGUGGAUAUGAAUGAAUGAAGCCCUUGUAUGAAAUCGUACCUUAUAACAAACAUAUAAAGAAAAUGUAAGUCAUCCUCCUCAAGUGUGGAUGUGUCGCAGCUCUUCAAUCAGCACAUGUAGGUCACUAUCAAUAAUUGUUGUCAGUUUCAUGAGUUUGUUCUGAAACUGUCCAGUCUGGACGUGGUCCUCAAGUUGAUGGAGGAAGAUGUCUGAUAAUUGAUCCUAUUUAAGAGGAAGUCAUUACUAUCAGCAGGGCGCUUUGGUGUCCACACUAAGCUGUUGCUGUUUUCCAGCUUCAUAGGGAUGUGUGUUCUGUCAAAACUGGCCAAAAAUGGCGUUGGAAUAGUCCUUCUAAAAAACAAUAUUUCAACAAUUCAACCUUAUUUUUUUAACUUGAAUUAAGUAAUAAGCUGAUCAGUGCCAGAGAGGGAAAGGGGGGAGAGACAUUUCAUAAUUUACCAGUUUUCCAGACAAUACAGUGAUCACCUUUUCACUGUAUUGAUUCUGCUCACGCAUAUUUUGGAGACUACCGUAAAGCCUUGUAAUCCUUUGAGUGAUGGAAGAAAAAAAUAAAAAUACACUUUUCAACAUUUAACAGUAUUCAAUCCUUAUAAGAAACACCCUUGAUGGCUGCAAAGAAAACAAGAAAUAAACAAGAAGCUGAUUUUUAAAAAGGGAACACCUAUCAAAUUGACUGUGGUUAAUAUUAUUGUGCUGUUAAGUAUCCUUGAUGGAUGCAUAUAUUUCCUCUUGCUGGAAAGCGACAGAGUUAUGAAUUGAUACCAAGACCCCUUGGGUUUGGAAAGUGAUAAAAGCUGAAGGCACUUUCCCGCGCCCCCACUUUUCCAACUUUUUGACAUGUUUCAGCUUUACCACUUUCUUCAGUCCUCUUGUAUUCCAGCUCGAGAUUCACUUUGCAUGAAGUCAUAUGACUUUUAUAUGAUUUGUGAGGUAUAUUUCACUCAGCCAUUGUUUUCUGUAUGUAUUAUAAAUAAAUAAAUAAAAUGAAAUAAUAAUAAUAAUAAUUAUUAUUAUUAUCAUUACUAUUAUUAUUAUUAUUAUUAUUAUUAUUAAGAGUAAAACACCUCAAGCUUAACCUACCCCAAGGACCCCACAUGUGCUUACCUAAAUGAAGUGCAAGUAAAAGAGUAAAAGAAAAACUGACUAAUGAACUCUGGUCAUAUGCACCAUUAGAUCUAUACCGUGAAUUAUCCCUCAGAGUUUACACCCAACUACUUAAAUGAAGUCUCCAUAAAGUAGCAUGAUGUUCCAUGAAGAAAAUGAUUAGGAAAACAGAAAAUAUGGGCCAGUCUUUUAACUUUCUGGUUUUGAUACAUACCUUGAUUAUUUCUUAGUUAAGGAGACAACAGAAAGAAAAAAUCAUUAGUACUUUUAGUCCUCUUGCCUUAAGGGUUCCUGUAUUUCCCCGGAGGUACUCCUUGGCGUCCUCAAUGAACUUAAAGGUCCUGCAUUGGCGGUCAUGGCGGGUAUAACAGUCUGUAUUGGAUAUUCAUGGGCUGAAACGGGGCUUUGACACCCCCCAAUUGUCUCUGACAUUGGUGAGUUUUAGCUGAUACAGCUGGGAAAAGCUAAGUCAGUGAUUUUCAUACCGCACCUUCUCCUGUCUCCCGACUGCUUUCACAAUCUUCUCUUGGUCCCUUAAGUUCAAAAGUUUCACAACAGCUGGACUGGGUGGGGUGGACCAGCUCUGGCUGACAUGACCCAUCUAAUGAGCCCGCUUGACAACUGGAGCAGCGACCUAAACAUCCCCCAUUUAUGGAACCGGUUUUCCAGAAAGGACUACAUGUCUAGAGUCUAGACCUUCUGCUUUUCCACAGAGGCAGACUAGUUUCAAAUUAGAAUAACGUCCUUGUUCCUCCUGGUCUUGGAUUUUGUUGUUCAUCGCUGCAAUCGUUCCUUCUAGUUGUUGAAUUUUUCGCCAUAUAGUAGUUAUAUGAUCCUCUGCCUGGGAGACUCUCCUCUUCCUCGCCUAUUCUCUUCAAAUGAGACAGUAAAUCCCCUUUAAUACUGUUUACUGUUUCCAACAUGUCGGCUGAUUGUUGAGCUAAAUCCUCUGUCAGUGAGCGGAUUGCCCCAAGAAUCUCAUUGUUGAAAUCUCCGCUGACAGUAGCUCUGCCCGAGUCUUAGGUGGCGCUUGUGCUAGCAGAUGCCGUGGCGACGUUCGCUCCAUUAUUUUACACAACCAUCUUAUGUAAUUGUUGCAUCCCUUUUAGUAGUUUUCAGAGAUUCAUGAAAUUUUUACUCUGAAAUUAUGAUUCUUUGGAGCCGUAGUUUCUUUCAGAAAAAGUUUCAGAAAAAUUCGCUACCAGCCAAAUACCUGCGACUUGUUAGCAGGAUGUCAUAACUAGAAGUCUAAAAGAUAGUUUUUUCCUGCCUUUCAGCCAGUCAGAGUAACUUGUAUACCCUCUUUGUUCAGAAGUUUAGGUUCCCUCCCAUCUUUAGAAAGUAGACAAAGAUGUGUAGUGUUUUGUUGAGUAAACUUUACAGCCUGACAGCAAACAGGUCCAGCUGUGACAAAGGAGUGUUUAAGGUGAAAGUAGAAAGUCAGGCAGCCUCUCUGCAGCCCAGUGAAGUCUCCAUCAUCAUCAUUGGUGAAGGUUACAAUGCUAAGACCAAGCCCUCAAUAUGACCUACAGCUGCAUGGAAGUGUAUUUUUUUUCUUUUUCUUCUUCUUUUUUGAACAUGCAAAUAUGAAUUUUCACAUUUGAAUGUAUGACAUAUGUUUGAACAUGAAAUACUCGUUGGCAGCCCAAGUGCUGUGUAAACUCGUCUUAAACAGAGGCUCUCUGCUGCAAAAUGAGCUUUUAUGAACAUGAAAAAGAGCGUAUAUAAUCAAAGACUGAUAUGGUGUCACAAAAAAACGAAUAGUAAAUCUUUGCAUUAAAUGGCAAAGGUGUGUGUGUGUGUGUGUUGUAUGUUAGCUGUAGCUGGUAGCAUACUGUGUGAAUCUGACAGGUUCACUUUAACUUCUAAUAAACUAUAUUUUCUUUUUGUGUUUCCAUGCACCAUGGGAUGUUAAUAUGUUGCGCAAUAAAAAAAAAUUUAAUAAACUGAUUUGUGACAUAAUACAAUCACAUCCAGGUCAUCCAGCAACACCCCCUCCAGCCUUCUUGAGAUCUUUGCACCUGUACAGGUGUGCAUUGAAAGCAGGGCAGCUUCAGCUAAAUACUUGUAGCUGGGCAGCACCUGUCUGCAGUUGAUAGUUGAAGCAUGCCGAUAAACCCAUUCUAUUAUACUGGAUGAACAGACACUAAAUAUUUUAUUCCUUUUUUUUCUCUAAAGGGUGUCUGAUCAUGAGGUGCAUUACUUCAGCUUCAACAAUUCAAUCAAAAAAAUAUACUUAAUUCAAUGUAUGUUGAUCAAUUAUGGCAAUCUGUGAAUGAAAAUAAAAAGACAUUGUGGGUUAUUCUUGACUCACUCACUCAUGAUGAUGGUCAGGGUGUAGCAGCAGUUUCUGGUGUCCAUUGUUUUGUAGGAAGUAUCGGACAUGUCACCCAGUGUACAUAAUUUUAGGUUGCAUCAUUUAUCCUCUGCUGGUACGAGGAUGAUUUUUUUUUCUUGUGUUAGGAUGUGAUGUAGCGGGAAAACGAUUCCUCCAGUGUUAGCUGCUUUUUAGUAGGUGUUUGUGUCAUGGUCUUGUGCAUCUGUCAUUUUGACACAUUUCUUCUUCUCUACUGCCUGCCUCUGUUUAACUUUUUUAAAUAAGUUGUUCAUUUUGCUGCCUUUAGUAACAGUCUAUCAACAGACUUUGCAGCAGACUGUGGUUUCUUUCUUUAAGGUUUGUUGCUUUGGAACUGAACAAAUUGAGCAAACUUAUAUCUGUUGAUAGUGGUAUCCAGCUGAUACAUCAGUGUGGUCUUACCAAUUACAAACUGACUACUUUGGAUGCACAGUUUAUUACACCCUUUGCUUAACACCCUGACUUAAGAUACAAUUUAUGUAGAGCUGCUGCAGCAGGACACUGAAUCAGAUGUCUAUACAGACACAUAGGGAAGAAAGGGCAUCACACAUGAACGGGACAACAAUGAAAACAUGAUGACAAGUCUUUUUCUGACGGCAGACUUAUAAAAUAACCACUUGAAGCAGCAAUAAAAACUCUUUAAAUCACUCAUGAGAUCUUGUGGAUUAAAAACCUACUUUUUUACCAAAUGUGUGACAUUUUGUUGUGUUGCUCACAUGCUUGUUGUGUUGAGCUCAGUCGCUUUUAGGUUGUUUGUAUGUGCCAGGAUUUAGGGGUGAACAAUAUGGAUUUUUGCCGAUAUUGGAUGAACCAGUAGUCUCAAACUUAUUUAGACCUGUACUGAUAUCAGUACCAAUAUAAACACACUUUUUUAUUGUAAAGAACAGCAAGUUUGUCCCAAAACAGAAUUUCCCUGUUACGCUUAUUGUGGCAGUCUAUAUGUUUUAGACACCACCUAUCAAAGUAUCCUUUUAACUAUAGACAUUAAAAAUUGUCUUGCUCUGUUUACCACACUUGAAAAUGCUUCCAUACAGUCAUGUACUGUAUGUGCAUGCUUAAAUACACGAUGGCACAUGCAAGCUUUCGCUGCAUCACUUUUAACACAUCACUUUUUUCUGCCAACAGUUAUGUCCUCACCUGCUGAUAGUAAUAAUAAACCCUUUAAGCUAUUACCUGCCAAAACUGUGCAUCCCCACCGGUUGUAGUUGACCUUUGGCUUUGCAAUCACAUUUAGGAACUUGUGGGAGCAUAAUUCCAAAUAUGAGGUGAAUUUCAGGAUUGAUCAGUCACAGCUUAGACUGUAUUUGUCCACAGCAAACUUCAACAUAAUUCAAUCUUUCUCAGUCUCAAUCUCAAAGUGGACUUCGACUGUGGUUUAGGUUAAACACAGCUGUGCACACUCAAGGAGUCUGUUGGAGAAACGCAUGAUUUAUUGUUUAACCCCAUUAAUCAGCUGGCUGUGUGCAGGAAGCAGAGUGUGUGAGGGUACAGUGUGUCAGUGUUACAGUAAAUAUGCUCUGAUUAUUGUGCAGAAACUACAGUGAUGGAGAGAUGAGACAGUUGGCAGGAGGAGAGGAAACAUCAGAAACAUACUGAACAGAGAGGAGGGAGUGAGGGAUGGUGGGAUGAGAGAGUGACUUUCUGACAGCGUACACACUGAACUGUUCAUCAAUUAAUGUUAGAAAAUAACCUGCAGAGCUAUCAACAUGAUCCUCUUUUGACCUGAAUGUAAGAUGAACCCCUUUUUUAAAACAGAUUAAGAAAAAAUUUUUUUUUUCUUUUUACAGAGCAACUUUAUUUGAAGGUGAUAUUGAAACCGAUUAAGUUUGAAGGGAGAUAAGGUGUUAAUGAUGCCUUUGAAAUAAAAUAAUGUUUUAAUAACUUAGAAAAAUGGUUACAUGCGUAAACGCAGUACCCAUGUGUUGGCUGAAAACUGACCAGCCACUAAUUCAUUUAACUGGCCACAUAAUUUUAACCAAUAACACUGAGUUAUCUUAUUAUAUAGCCUAAUGUGAUAACCAAGACUUGCAGCAAUUCAGCUAAAGGCUGUACCAUGAAGGUAAAUAAGGACAAAAAAAGAACAGAUAUGCUCUAUGACCGGACUUUAUUGCCUUUAUCUCAGCCACGCUCUCCAAGACUGUUUCAAAAUAAAGGCACUCCAACAACAUAAUACAAAGGGACUUUUAUUGUGAAGUAUUGGAAUGUGUUCAUUCUCACAUUAUCUGAGUCUUCACCAAAGUAAGCUCAGAGUUGUUUUCAAAAACAGCGUUAAGUUAUGGUUUAUAUUUACAGACGGUCCUAUGACCAUGAGUCACUGCCUGCUUCUUUUAAUAAUCCUGGGCUUUAAAUAAGGAGGUGAUCAUUUGAAACACCUGAAAGGAGGUAGAACUGUUUUAAUAGAUUUAUAUCGUCCUGCUCUACUCAGCUUAAAUCCACUAAAUUGUGUCCAGCACAUCGCCAGUUACAGAGACGCAUCUGACUUCAAACUUAAAGAGAAGAGACCAGAAGUUUACCUGUCGACCAAGGCACCAUGCUCUGUUACUGUAAACAUAACACCAGGUUUGACUCCAGGAGAUGGUGGAGUUUUCCGAUCAAAGCAUUUGAGUCUGUGUAUGUUGAUGUCAGUCACAAAUCUCGCUCUCGGUCCUACUUCCAUUAAUAUGCCACAAAUAAAGCUGAAUAGGAUGAAUCCAUUCAGAACAGUUCUACCCGUUGUAUUUCUACACUUAAAGCAGACUGUAACAUCUUUCUCAAGCUGUCCCUACUUCUAACUGGACUUUUAUAGGUCAGCUGAUCAUGGAAACAGCGUCUGAUUGGUCAACGGACCAAAACAAAGAUGGCAGCUUUUGUCUGCAUCAAAUAUGACACUAUUUCCCUUAACUACUCCAUAAAUCCUCUCAGAUUUUCUUUGUUUCUGAGGGUCUGGAUCUGGACAGUCUGAUCGUCUCUGUGGGAAAAGUUCUCAGACGUCACAGGAACACUCAGGGUUUAUCACAGAAAGCUGCCGGUCUCACAAAGUGAGUGGAUUUUAAAGCAUGAUAAUGGGUUGUACCAAACAAAGGUUUCAUGAGCAAACCCUUAAUAUGGACAAUCCUACCUUUUUAGACAGUUUCAUGCACAAAUGAUUAACAGGGAUGGAGCAAUACAUUUUUUUUUUGUUACAAUAUACAGAUAUUGAUAUCUGGGCUCUACUAUUUGUUGAUAAUGAUAUCUGGACUUUAGGACCUACAAAAAAAUCACUGAAGUUUUUUUCAGCACAGCUAAAAGUGAUAUGAGCCAGGGUCUGAAAUUAACUUUCUGACUCACCUGCCAAGGUGGCAAGCUGAUGAAGAAAACACCCUCUGAUCAUACUUUUAUGAACCUAAAUAUUUAACUCCAUCUUAGUCGUGUUUAUUUCAUUGAAAUAAUGCAAUGCUGAAGAGAAAUUAAAAGCAAAGGCCAACAGAAAUAAAUAGUUUUUGCCCUGACCAAGGCCUGCCUGGCCGAGACACGUUGGUAUGUUUUUAAUAGAUUAGCCAUGUCAUAAUAAAGGCUUCCUAACAUUUCCCUCAUGAGUGCCUCAGCUCUCUUUUUGUUUGCCAACAGAAAUAAAUUUGAUGCAAAAUUUCCUUAAUUGAUCAGUUUUGAAUGACUGGUUCCUGUUUAUGCAUUUGUGUGCAUUAGUGUACGCAUGUAUUUUUUAGCCCAUCCCCUCAAAGCCCAGACAUGCAGACAGCAGAGGAGCAAGACAAACAGCAGCUAGACCAUGAUGAUGGUCAAAACUCAUAACUAGUUUUAAGAGGGAUGCACAAUAGGAUCAACACACUAUCAGUGUCACUAAACAGAGGAAUGAAUAAGACAGUGUGAGAUCAGUAGAAAUGAUGAUCCAGUUGUUGUUUGAGCCUCAUCAAGGUGCUAAAGCUAAUGCUUCGGGCUGGCUUUUUUUGCCCUACUUCUUUAUAACUUUGUUAGAUAACAAUCAAUGCUUUUAUUCUGAAAGGACUGAGAGGCACUUCCUUUAGAGGGUAGGGUUAGAAUUAAAAACGGCUUCACAAGGACCAACAUGAAAAACAUGGAAACAUGCUCUACUCAUACUCUAGGCAUAGAGAAAGAGGUCAUCCACUAGUUUGUGAUGUCAAGCUAUUUAUACAAAAACAAUAACAAGACUCAAAUGCUGGUUGAUCUUCAGUGUCAGGUCGUCUGGUGUCAUCUAUGUGUGGAAAACUCCGGCAGUGCAACCUGCAAAAUUUUCACCUUCUCCCACCAUAUCUAUUCAUAUAUACCAUAUAUCAUAUUCCAUUCAGCUACAGACAGAAGAGAUGUAAUGAUGUCUAACAACACGGAGAGCACCCCCUGUUGUUUAAGGAAGGGACAGCACAUUUCUUUUUUCUCUCACUGAUUUGAACUAAAGUUUACUAUCAAAUACCUCAUGUCAGGAUACGCGUUUGUUUGAAGGGUGAUAAAUGGAGGAGAGCUGCUGAGGUGCAGGAUUCGUGUUGAAAAGAGGAAGGAGGGAUGUUUAGGUUUCAUAUAUGAAGAGGUUAUGUUUAAAAAGGAUGGAGGGAUGGGUAGAUACAUGUUUUAAAGAUGUAUAAAUGAAGUAGAGUUCAGGGAUGAUGGAGCGAUGUUAAGAUGAAUAAAGGAUGUAUAAAUGGAGGAGAGUUUGGGUCUGGAAGGCAUGAUGGAGGAGUGUUUUGAUCACGUAUGGAUGAACAGAUGUAGGAUGUAUUUAUGUUUGCUGUGGACAGAGGGAUGUAUGUAUGAAAGAUGUAUAAAUGGAGGAGGAGGGCUGAGGUCUGAGGAGCAGGAAGCAUGAUGAAGGCGGGUGGAGGGGUAGGGGGAGCAGGGAGAGGGGGGGGCGGGUUGCUAGGGAAGAGUGUGUCAGGCUGCUGCUGCUGGAGGCCGGCCUGCGAUUGGAGCGACUUGCUGAGCGGCGGAGAGGCGGAAGAGGAGAGAGAGGAGCAGCUAAUGAGUAUUGUAGGCUGGUUGCUGAGACAGCACCGGGUUUAUUUAUAGAGUGCUGGCCAGCCAGCCCUUAGAUACCAGCAGCGAAUCAGCUGACAGAGGAAGAGAGGGCCCGACCAAUAGCAGCGUAAGAAGGGGGAUGCCAGACUGAGGAAGUGCUGUGAGUGCCUCUCGCUCUCUUAAAGAGACGGUGCAGAUUUUUCAGUACUAGGCAGAUAUUCUCUCUCUCCAGCAGUGUCAUAUCUGUAAGCAGGCCAGGACCCAGAGCACUGGGCCCUCUGACGCUGAUUGGAUUACUUCCUGCACCUCAUCAUGCCGCACACAAACACCAGACACACACACACUUACACUUUUUUAUCAACACACGCAGCAUUUUAACAAAUAUUCAAACUCUUCGCAUGCAGUCUUUAUGAGAGAUAACAGUGAAGAGGAACCUUUAAUACCAACAGUUACUCUUGUGUGUUUGCUCCGAGUUCCUGUCCUGAUUUAUGAUAUAGUUAUGUAAAAGAAGACCUCAUUCUGCAGACCUGAAUUAAACUCUGUUACUUUGCCUUUCUGGAGCACUAGAUCUCUGCUAUCAGAAAAUACAGAUACACUUAAGGACAGGGAGAAUCUGAGUUAUGAUACAGUGUCAAUCCUGGCAGGAAAAUUCCUCAGUUUGACCUGCACUUCAUGUAAAGAUUAUAUCUUAUUAGAAAAAAAUUUAAUAAGUGUUACUACUUUGCACAAAACCUGCUAUGGAAAUCUGCUUUGUGAUCCUGCAUCAGUAUUUAAGGGAACAUUUUUUUUGUUCAAAGAUGUCAGAUGUAGUCUUUCCUUUAGUUAAACAGCACAAGCUAUGACGUUGAAUGUUUCAAGGUCUGUGAGAUGUGCAGCAAAGAAGAAAACUUUGCAGCCUGAAACAUGGCACAAGAUAAUAUGAGACACUCGGGAUGGCUCACACAGCAAAUAUCCAAGUUAAGAAUUUAAAGUCUGACUUGUAUAAAGUUAAGAAAACACCCAGAAAACAGUCAAAACCGACCAUAAUUUAUUUAACACAGAAUCACAGAGUGCAGGUAAACAUGCACAGUGCUGGAACAGUGCUGUUUCACCCUCACUAUGCCUUUGAACUUUUAGUGAUUACUCUACUGUAGUGAAAGUGUGAGAGAAACAGCUUGCAAACACUCAGCUGGACACACACACAGACAGAUAGAUACAGGGCUGUUCUGCCCUUCCAGCUCCAACACCACACAUCAUUCCUUCCCUCUUUCCUCCUCUGUCACCACAUUAAAGGGAGGAUCAAAAGACGAGGUCUUAAACCCACCAGUUUGCCUCUGUGCAGCACACAUGGCAGAUGAGGUCUAACAGGAUGGAAAUAUCCCACCUUGAAACAGCAGUAAGCACCUGAUUUCACCAGGGUUUGCAGAGAGUGGCUAACAUUAUCAGAGCUAGAACCACCAGCCUUCAGUCUUCCUUGCAGGUCAGAGUCCAUAUCUGUGCUGGCUACACAUUGCUCAAGUCUUGCACAAUUUGUCAAUACUAGUUGACAGGUAUUGUUCUCAAAUUACAGGUAGUCAACCACAAAUUGGAAACCAAGGGAAAUGUUGAGGAAAUCACCCCGCAUGUUUUCAUGCUGUGCGCGAGCAUAAGAUCAGUUACAGGACUUGAACUGCCGAGAAGUGCAUCCUGCAUCCUUAGUGUCUGUGAUGAGUGUAGCUGAACAGCUACUGGGAAAAAUACCUCAAAUGGGCAGCCCAGGUACAAAGCCUGCCUUUGACUCUUUUAACCCAUAUCACCUCCUGCUAGAUCUCCCUUUUUCCUCUUCUGUCCACUUUCCCGUGCUCUAAAUCUGCAUACUGUGUUUGUUUACAUCCAGGUAGGCGAGCAUUAGAGCAUUAUGGUCAACCCAUGCCACAGCCAUAACUAAUGGAGGGUGGCUGCGCUGUAACUCUGACAAUAAGACCUUGGGCCUACAAGUGUCAAGAUAUUAGUAAUCACUCCUUAUAGUGACAACUAGCUAAGAUUUAACCACAAACAUGCUCAUCUCUAGAUACUAUACAAUUCAUAACUUCAUUGUCCAAGCUAGAAAAUUUGUCCUGGUCUCACUUGCUGCACACACUGACUCCUUAGAAGCAAAAACAAUCAAACGAUUGUUAUUGUGAGAUUUGUAGUCAUAUCUUACCGUAUCAGAUUCUGUGGCAUCCCAUUGAUGACCUCAGAUUUGAUGCUUUAAUAACACUCCUGGCAUCAGUCUGAUGGUGAUGGUGGUGUGUAGUCUGAGUCCUGGUCUGAUCAGGUGAGGUCAGACUGGUAUACAAACCUUUAUUCAACCAAUCACAGCUGAUCAAGCGGGCUGAACCAGCAUCGGAGAAGGCGCUCUGGUUGGCUCCUGUGAAUCUUUCUUUGCAUGCAAACGUGACACCUUGCACACAGCUUUUGCAGCGACAUUUGCAAAUUCAUUAUUAAAUGGUCAGUUUGUUAUUCCCAUGCAUUUGACCGGACAUUGUUCUGCCUCCUGCAGACUGUAGGAUGAAUCUGAUUUCGUCUCUGGGUUUCUUAAUGGUUCUGCGCGUAGAGAGGGAGUUUAUGACGUGUCCCCGAGCUGCAUUAACACAGGACAGGCAUGUGUCCUUCUGGUGACAGGCCGUGGAAAAAGAGGAAGGAGCAGUAUGCAUAGAAAAAAGUGUAAACUUCAUCCACACACAUUAAGAUAUUUUUUCUGCUUUUUUAAGUGUUGGUUUAUGUUUCAAUCUCUUCUUAAGUAAAGUGUGACUCUGAGCUGCUGUCAGGUCAUACUGUAUUUAUCAGUUCAUUUUCUAUUUAGCUCUGUUUCAGACAUGUGAAAGUUUUCCAAUCAUACAAACAUCUGUAGACGGUUCUGUAGAUGGGUAACACAGUCAUGUAACUCUAUGAUAGUAUAGCACAGACUAUAAUAAUAGUCUGUGCUGGUUUUUGAUCACCUGACAUGGCUAAAAGUAUGUCCUCUACUAAGCAAAGUUGUUCCUCCUUCAAGGACCAAGGAGAAUAUUCUAACCCCAGUCCCAUUGAAGUUUGGAUCCUGUGUGAAGUGUUAAAUUGUAAAAACAAACUUUAUUGGAAACAUGCUUGAAUUAUCUUUGUAAAUUUGUCCCUCGCUGGGUAACCUGUAGCUGUAUUGUGUUGUUCAUUACCAGUUAAUGAAUGAAAUUUCAUAUUCAAUGUUACUGGUCAACAAAGGCUGUAGUAAACAAUGUUUGUUUUCGACUGUUCAUGCUGCUGGUAACAUCUGAAAGCUCUGUCAGAUAACCAAAUACAUGUGUUUGUUUGAGUUUGGGAAUGUAAAGGGGGUGGGGCUUACGGGAGAUAAACAGUGGCGAACAAAGGCUGUCAGGGUUUCCCUCUCUGAUCCUCUCACUCUCUCUCUUUCCUCAGGUGUUAGCAGCUCAGGAUGUCCGACCACCUCCUCCUCCUCCUCCUCCUCCUCCUCCUCCUCCUCCACUGCCCAGGGCUUCUCCCUCGCUGAGCCAGCCAUGACCAGCCAGCACACACAUACACACCCCUCCUUCAGCUCCAUCCACUCCAUGGCCGAGCAGCAGCAGGUAACACACACACACACACACACACACACACACACACACACACAGUCAUGAGAAAAGUUUCAUAGUUCAACUGUCACCUGUUGGUUGUCAUUACACUGUUUCACCACUAGAGGGAGCUGCUAACAUAUAUUUUAUGAAUAAGGCGCUCAGUGAUGAAGUAUUAUAAAUUUAAACGACUGUAUCCUCUGUGAUAAACAGUGAUGAUUGAAGUUGUCUAAAAUCAACUUAAGUGUAAGAGAUACAUGGUACUAUCAGUGUCAGCAGAUAGGAAUUCUUCGGCCAAUAACAUUUUUCAGCCAAACAGGUGAUGCAUACAUCAUGAGCAUGCAAUGUGGGCUGUAUAUUGAAGUGUCAGGAACAAACAGCAGACACAUUACAGGAAGUUUGCAUUUUUAAAAAGGACAGAUUUUUCAUUUAUUUUUGAACCAAAUGUUAGUUUAGGAAAAAGAUUUAUUUUCAAUGUUGAUAUCAGAAUCAUCCAAUCAACGAGUGUGAAAAUUGGUGUAAUAUCAUGAAUCUGUUUUUAACAUAGUUUAGAAACAAGAAAAGACAAGGCCUCUCCACGUCCUCGAUGCUUCACUGAUAUGUUUCAUGCACAUGUACAUUUAUAUUUUCACACUGAAAAAAUCUCAGAAACUAAAAAAGGACAGAGACCCCCUCUGUGGAAAUGAGGGUUGAUACCAGUUAUGAUGUUUUAAAUAAAAACUUAGCUGAUGCUUGAUUCAGACAGGAUUAUGUUUGCCUUAAAUCUGGUUUAUACGUCUUCACUGAAUCUACGCUGUUGGUUCUCUUUGACCUCGACAUUCACAGGAGCCCUUCGAAUGUAGUCUGAUGUGCAAAUCCACAAAAAUGUAACUAUGUAAGGCAGUCUAAGCAUGUCCAGGGAUGAUGGCCCAAGUUCAGUUUCACCCUGCAGCUGCUUUACCGCAUAUCAUUCCCUGCCUGCUCCCUGUUUUGUGCCCUUAUUGUAAUGUCCUCUGUAAACUAUGCCCCAAAACAAAUCCUAAAAAAAGGGUAACUAUGCAUCAAAGCAACCCAGACUACAGGCCUUGUAAUUGGACCACUAGAUUAACAUUAUAUUUUCAGUUCACAUUCAGUCGACAUGGUUUCAGUGGUGGGGUAUUGCACAGAGAUGCAGACACUAGUGCAUUGAUCACAACCGUGUGGCUAUGAGCCAAGUUGAACCUCUCUGUAAUGUUCGGUGUGUGUUUCAUGAAUGAGCCCUAAGGUUUGUAGAUUUAAAUCCGUGCCUGUGAUCCCUCCUUCCGGAAAAGUCUUACAAGCCACACCUUUUCAGAGACGUAUUCUCAAUCAGCAGUGAGUCAUAUGAGCUAUUUAGCAUUAAACUGAUACAACACAACAGACAAACACUGGCUACUGGCAGUUCUGUAUGACUCAUUUUUUGUGAACGGGACAAUGCCAGCUGCUGUGUUUGACCUACUCAUUCAUGCAUAAUCCCCCCAAAAAACUAGUCAAACUGGUGUGAAAACUGAAGUCCACUUCCACAUGCAGAGGAUCCACAGGUGGCCUACAUGCCAGUCAGAUCACUCAGCUGACUCUGAGGAGGGGUUCGGUGCACCAUCAGUCUAUCCAUUCUCUGCAGUUGAAGUUAUUACCCACACAUCACUUCAAGUUUUUGUCAGGAUAACAGGAAACCUGAGUUUCAGCUAAAACUCCUUAGCAGUCUAUUUUCUUCCAGUCGUGUCCUUCGAGUCAGAGCGCUCAGCAGCGUUCACUGACGCUGGCUCGCCAAAGUUAUCCUGCAGCACUUCUGUUCCCCUCCAGUCGUGACUGUGAAGCCUGUUAUGAAAUGGUCUAUGCUUCAUAUUGGCUUCCAUUAUUUAUUAGUAAUACAAAAAACAACUGAUAGAAAUUGUGUCAUUGCAUUAGCAGCAGCUCUAAAAUGUGUGAUUAGCUUCUCCACUGUACAGACCUCAACAAAUAAUGCUGACAAAGUUGAUAUCAGAAAUCCCGCCCACUUUUGAAUUGGAUUGGACAGUAAAAAAAAGAAGUGGCACUGAUGAGCACAAAAGACUGAAUUUUAACUGAGAGCACAGAAAAAAAUGUUGAGAGUGAAGGUAAACAUUUUAUUAACUAACUAACUUAUACACAUAUUCAUCCCUAAAUCAGGGUACAGCUCCUCUGGUCCGGGAACACCAUGUGAGUUUCUGUCUAAAUGCAGAAAAGUAAAAAAACUCCACAGUCAGUCAAAAACAUCCACAUGACACCACUCAAAGAGACGUUAUGAAGGCUGGUGCACUGGAAAUACUGACUCAAUCCAACUUUUAUUUGACUUACCCGACAUCCCGAAGCCGUUAACCACAUUCUCCUCUGUCUUCUAAUCUUGGCCGAAUGGAUCAGUAAUAAAGAUGCUUUUACCAGUACAAUGAUUCUUAUGGAUCUCAGCAGGACGUCUUGUAACACACCGGGACAAAAAACUGUUACUUUAAUUAUUGUGGAGCUCAUAUGUGCAGAUACAAACAGCUGUUCCAGCUGACGGACAGCUGAUCCUGUGGUGAUCAGCUGAUGCUGUCAUCACAAACAGGUGUCACUUCAUGUGACGCUCUGGGGAAAAGGAUGUCUCAUAUCUCUUAGAAACGUUUCCUCUUUCACUCUUUCCUCUCUUCCUUUCUUUGCAUCAGCUACGACACAACCCCGUUCAUUUAGAGGUGUUUCUGAGUAUUUCUCUUUCAACAUCAUCAUGCAGAAAUGGUUGCAAUUGGCAUUUGUAAGCAGCAUAAAUUUUCAAGUUUUUUUUUUAAAUUUUUUUAUGCUAACAUGCAAUUGAACUCAACAGUACGGAGCAAACGUAAAUUAGUAGCCCACCAUCUUGGUGCACGCCCAAUACAUAGAACCUUUUUCCGUGUGCAAGUACGUCAGUGUUUCUCAAGCCCUUUGUUUUUUCAGUACACUGGAUACUGAAAAAAUAGUUUUGUCUGUGCUGUUCACACAGACACAAAGACCUACAAAUCUCAACCUUCGAAAAAAUUUUUUCCAAAACUUCUAUUUCCAGGGACUUGAAACUGUUCUAGUGAAGCCUCUAGUGGACACUCAGAGAGCUGCAGGUUUUCACUCUUCUGCUUCACUCUCAUUUCCAUGAAGCUGUGGGUUGCUGCUUUUUGUUCCCUCUACAUCAGAGCUACGAAACUUGAUGAACAGGACCUGUUGUUUUAUAAUUUUGUUGGAAGACAAAUGUGCUCUCACCAAACAUCUCUGUCAAGAAUAAAUCAAGAUUACGGUCAAAUGUUUCCCAGAAUACCUCAGCUGGUGAUCUGAAUAAAAAUAACACAUCAUCACACUUUUAUUAGAUGUUGUCCAAUUUUGAAUCGGUCACCUUUGGAGUUCAAAAUCAGGUGUAAACAUGCAGUAGAACAGUCAGGAUGAGCUGAAGUUUCUUUACAGGUAUGGAUUCAAACUCUUGAGAUGUAUAAAACAAAGCAGAGAAACCAUCAGGAAAGUUUCAUUAGGUUUACACCUGUGUACCUGUAGGCAGUCAUGUUUACAAAGCCUGCUGUGUUGAGUUUUGUCUAAAGGUGUGCUUCUGCUUGCAGGUGCUAUCUGAUAUGACCAUACUCCAGCGGAGGAUCCCCCCUAGUUUCAGAGACCCUGCCAGCGCCCCCCUGAGGAAACUCUCUGUAGACCUCAUCAAAACUUACAAGCACAUCAAUGAGGUCUCUAUCUCGCUCUCUCUCUCUCUAUCUCUCUCUCUCGUUCUCUCUCUCUCUCUCUCUCCCUCCCUCUCUCUCCCUCUAUCUCUCUCUCCCUCUCUCUCGUUCUCAGUCUCUCUCUCUCACACACACACAAACACACAGUCUGUUGUCAUGGAUAUCUACACUGUAUUAUUGAGCUACAGGGUUUUAGGUUUGCACACUGACCUGUCCUCUUACCUGUGCAGGUGUACUAUACUAAGAAGAAGCGGCGUGCCCAGCAGGUCCCUCCUGAGGACAGCAGCACCAAGAAAGAGAGGAAGGUCUACAACGAUGGAUACGACGACGACAACUACGACUACAUUGUCAAAAACGGAGAAAAGUGGCUGGACCGCUAUGAGAUCGACUCUCUGAUCGGGAAGGGCUCCUUCGGACAGGUCUGGAUCUCUAAACACCCUAUCGAACCUCCGUUUUACUUCAUAAUGCCUUUAUUAUUUGUACUUUAUGACGGUUCAGUGUCUUUAUUUAGUUUCUGUGAGUGAGAUGAGAAGCUAAAACUAUCUCUUAAUAUCUCACCUUUUUAUCUUGCAGAUGAACAUGAAUGCAACAGCUGUAAGCAUGUUGAUAUGGGGUCAUAUAAUGUUUAAUUGUGUGUCUUCUGUGUGCAUUUUUUUGUGUGCGUGUGCAGGUGGUGAAGGCCUACGACCACCAUGAGCAGGAGUGGGUUGCCAUUAAGAUCAUAAAGAACAAAAAGGCUUUUCUAAACCAGGCUCAGAUUGAACUUCGCCUGCUGGAGCUCAUGAACAAGCAUGACACUGAGAUGAAAUAUUACAUUGGUAAGACACGGACAUGUACUCGCACACACAUACACACACACACAAAUAUACCACAGGGUAAUGGUAAAUAAGGUCAUUGUUCCUCACGUCCCCCUUUCAUUCAGUGAUUUAUUCCAGUUUCGAUCUUGCUUUAUCACUAUAUUCAGUAAAACUAAACUAAGUACAAAGUGAAAUUGUUGACUGAGUCUGGCCGAAACUGGACCUUUAUAUCACUAGACUGUGAAAUCAUAUAAAAUCACACUUAAUCAAACCUUUCACAGUCAGACUCACAUACCUGGAUAACAAUAUCUGCAUGAAGAUCAGCUAAUCAUUUGAUCUAAGAUCAACCAGAGAAACUCUUAUCUGAGUGAUGCCGAGUCACUAAAACGUACAAAUUCCUAUUUGUUUUCUUUAUAGACAUGAAGAACAAUUACAAACAAACUCAAUAACCCUAAAAAGCCUUUUAAAAGUUUGACAUUUAAUUUCUAAUUUGGGGAGUAUGAGUAUGAAAAACUUAUAUUCCCAUUAAUUCAUUCUCAAAAGUUAAGUUUCUAGUUUAGUACCAUCUUUUUCAGCAGUUUGAAUUUGCUCAGGAGUCAUGAAGCAAAUAAAUGUGUUGACCUGUUGUUAAUCUGUUUGGACAAAUCAGGGAAAGCAAAAGACAUGAGAUGUCUUACUUGUCCUGAUCGCUGCUUUUAUACAAACUUUAACACUUUCUACUUGUCUCCCACCUUUGUCUGUGUGUUUGUGUGUGUGUGUGUGUGUGUGUAGUCCACCUGAAGCGUCACUUUAUGUUUAGGAACCAUCUUUGUUUGGUGUUUGAGUUGUUGAGCUACAACUUGUAUGAUCUGCUGAGGAACACCAACUUCAGAGGAGUCUCCCUCAACCUCACCAGGAAGUUUGCACAGCAGCUCUGCACAGGUAUGUACAGAGACGCACACAGGCUACACAAACACACUCAGUACAGGUUUUAGAUGGUGGUUGCCUGCCCUCUAGUGGACAAAAGAGGACUCACAGAGACCAUCAUUUUAAAAUCAUAGCAAUGUGUUUUCCCCCUUUAAUCCACUGAGUUCACUGCAUUAAUCAUAAUAAGGACGUCACCUCAUUCAUCCGCAGCGUUAUUAUUCCUGGCCACACCUGAGCUGUCAAUCAUCCACUGCGACCUGAAACCAGAGAACAUCCUGCUGUGUAACCCCAAAAGAUCCGCCAUCAAGAUCGUUGACUUCGGAUCCUCCUGUCAGCUUGGACAAAGAGUGAGCAACACACACACACACACACACACACACACACACACACACACACACACACACACACACACACACACAUUAAUUGAUAAAUCAGAGGGUUGUACUGUGUUGCUGUUCAUACACUUACUCAAUCCAUUUGUUAGUGUUGCAUUUGUCUUCGUAAAUUGAAAGUAUAAUUCAAACCUGUUCAUAAGACACAGUAUGUUUUUGGAGUCUCUAACCCUGACACCAUAAAUAAGCUGAACCACUGCUAGGUGCGAUAGUUGCAAGGUGAAGAAUUCACCUGGAGCAGCUCCAACUCCCUCUGCUGGUCACAUGUCCUAAAUUUCAAACUAUUUUUAAAAACCUGCAUGUCCACAAACCUGAGUUUAAUACUUCACCGAAGUGCUUUCCUACAAUAAACUGUAGAAAUGGGAUAAAUAUUUUUAUCAUUUUACAUUUAAAAACUGUUUUGACUCUAUAUCAACUUUAGAAAGAGCUUCUUACUACUGUAGAAGAUUAUGAUCACUCAGUAUGUUUGUGUAGAAAAAUCCUUUUAUUGUGAUAGUCUGACUGAAACUAAACUUUUAAAAUACAUUUAAAAAUGAUUAAAGGAAAAGAAGAAAAACACAGAAUAAAGUGCCUCUUAUAAACUUAAUCCUGCAGUGAAUAGUACCUCAGUGAUACAUGUGCAACAUGCAAUACCACAAACUAUCAAACUGAUUGAGUAUACCAACACCUCCUGCAUCCUAUGAGUUAAAACUCUUGUUUCUAUCAGUGUAGUCUGGUGUGAUUUUUUUGGAGUGAAGUAAAUAGCAUGGUGCCUCACUGUGGACAGUGACAGAAACUGCUGAACCUAAAUAAAGUAUUAAACGGGGAAGAUCUAGAGUAAAACCUUAUAUUGACUCCUUCCUCUCCUCCUCCUCUCAGAUCUAUCAGUACAUCCAGAGCAGGUUUUACCGCUCCCCGGAGGUGCUGCUGGGGAUGCCGUAUGACCUGGCCAUCGACAUGUGGUCUCUGGGCUGCAUCCUGGUGGAGAUGCACACAGGAGAGCCUCUGUUCAGCGGCUCCAAUGAGGUGAAAACAAAAUUAUCUGCAGAUUCUACAGAGCUGAGCUGGAAUUCAGUUCUUGCGGCGUGAAGUGUGUGUCUGCAGCGUUUUAAAGAAUGAUUUUUGUGUUUUUCAGGUCGACCAGAUGAAUAAAAUAGUGGAGGUGUUGGGGAUCCCUCCAAGCCACAUGCUGGAUGCUGCUCCUAAAGCCAGGAAGUAUUUUGACAAACUGUCAGACGGUCUGUGGACGGUCAAGAAGAACAAAGACAUCAAGAAGGUAACGCCUGUCGCUCAUUUGACCAGGGGACAGUGUGUGAAAGAGCUGGUGAAGAGUGUGUUUAUGUUUUAUGUGUGUGUUUGUUUCAGGAGUAUAAGCCCCCAGCCACGCGGCGUCUCCAUGAGAUUUUGGGGGUGGAGACUGGGGGUCCAGGGGGGCGGAGAGCAGGAGAGCCAGGACAUGCACCCUGUGACUACCUGAAGUUCAAAGGUAAACCAACGGAGUAUUCUGGUCAUCGUUUAAUAACUUAAUGUUUUUUCAUUUUCUAAAACACGCACAAAUAAAUCUGGUUGGACUGGCAAGAUCCUGUUCCUGGUUUUGGACUUCAACCAACUUCCUGUUUAUUUAACCAACAACAGUAUUUCAGACGUAUUGGCUUUAGAUGAAAACAGAAGUGGUCUGUCUGUCAGAUCUCGGCUCAGCAUUUAACACUGUUUUGACCAUGACAUUUUUAAUCAACAGAUUUCAGAUCUGGGCAUGUCUCUGGCUGGGCGUGUCUUUAACCUGGAUUGGUUUUACCUUUUCAGUAGUUUUUUCAAAUUUGCCUUGGUGUUCCUCAGGGAAGCUUUCACAGAUCUUUUAUUCUCACUGUACAUGCUUCCACUAUGGAAAUAUCACACAUUACUACAUCAUUUAUUAGUGAUGCACGAUAUGAAAAAUUUCAACCGAUACCGAUAACCGAUAAUUUUCUUCUUCUCAUGGCCGAUACCGAUACCGAUAACCGAUAAAUUCAUAUUUUUACAUUUAUUAUUAUCUUCAUAUAAUCUGCAGUUUGUGCAGGAUGCAGCGAUUGAAAACUGAUAUUUUUGUUGCUCUGGCCUAUCUAGAACAACAAACAAAAGUUUUUGGCUCUUCAAAUGUGGUCAUUUGCUAUAAAUAACAAUAACAGAGCAAAAAGCAGAACUUCAUUUGAUCCCCUGAACUGUUCAACAGAACUGUAAACUGUAAAGGAGCCAUUAUGAGCCGUUAGGCUUAGCAUGCUGACCGGACUAACAUCUGACGUCCAUAUGUCUGUGGUAAAACUCACGUGUAGUCCGUUCUUGUCGAUCAGGUUGUGAAUGUAUGUGGCGACAAUAUCAUAGAGUGCAGGAAGAGACACAUCCGAGAAGAAGCGGCGACUUGGGAGAGUGUAACGUGGCUCCAAGUGUGCUAUGAACUUACGAAAACCCGGGUUCUCAACGACGGAAAAAGGCUGUUCGUCGACCGCUAUGAAUUCCAUCACUUUGUCGUUAAUGGCUUUAGCCUUUUCGCUGUCUCUUGAGAAGCUUUUGCAGUUUUUAAACGCCUGCUGAAUGGGGACAUCGAUCCUCCGUAGUGUUGUUGUCUUAGCUUUAGUACCGCUAGCGGCUUCGGCGGCCGUCUCAUAGUCCUUUAAUACUGCUCCGCCGCGAUGGCGACUUUUCAGAUGAGCUAUCAGAUUCGUUGUGUUAAAACUUGACGUCUUCUUUCCUCCUCUUGGAAUCCUCGCUGAACAGGUUUUGCAUAUAGCAGCUGUUGUCAUCUUCUGCCACUGAGAGAAACGACCAUGCUGGUGAAGACAUUUUAUUAUCUGUCAGGCAGUGACGGGGUCAGGCUUGGGACCUGCGAGUAAGGCUUGAUAGACGACGUGACCAGCGCGUCUCGGACGGGCGGCUACUCCGCCUGCAAACGUUACGCGUAAUUUCAUUAAUAUAUCGGAUCUUUCUAUCGGAAAAAUGCACCUAUCGGACCGAUAAAAAAUGACGUAAUUUCCCCCCAAAUCGGCCGAUAUUUUAUCGGUCCGAUAAAUAUCGUGCAUCCCUAUCAUUUAUCAUUGUCAUGCCGAUGGCACUCAACUGUCUAGUGUGUUUAAAUCUCCUCUAUCCUACCUCACAAUGUUUGGAUGAGCAAGAACUUUUGAAAGACUGAAAUUCCUGGGAACCUGGGCAGCAGCAGGAGGAAAAAAAACUGAACUUAAUGCUCUUAAGUUUAAAUGAAAAAAAAAACAAAUGUUAACAAACUUGGCGUCAAGGUCAUGAGUUCUUCAUUUAGAUAUCUAAGAAACAUUGCCAAAUCUAGACCUUUUUGUUCCCAGAAGAUGUCAAAUUUAUGCUUUUUUUUUCACAAGCUGUAUUGAUCACUGUAACUUCCCUAUUAUUGGUUUGCCCAAAAAGUCUCUCACUCUCGCCAAAAGAAAAACUGAUAAUAUCACCCCUCUUCUUGAAACUCUUGCACUUGCUUUUGGUUUACAGUUGAUUUUAAAGCUCUUGCUUCUCCAGUCAUCACAGAUUUAGUCUCUUUGUACUUUCUGGUCAGCUCUCUGAGGUGCUUUUGUAAUCCUUCAUUAUUAAAAUGAAUUGGAUUAAGAUGGUCCUUGUCCUGUCUCUUCCCCUGUCAGAUCUGAUCCUGCGCAUGCUGGACUACGACCCCAAAAGCCGCAUCACCCCGUUUUACGCCCUGCAGCACAACUUCUUCAAGAAGACAACAGAUGAAGGAACCAACACCAGUUCAUCCACAUCCACCUCUCCUGCCAUGGACCACUCCCACUCCACCUCUACCACCAGCUCUGUCUCUAGCUCUGGUCCGUGCAAACACACACACACACACACACACACACACACACACACACACACACACACACACACAUACACACUGUAAUACAUGCUCUGAUGGUUAAUGGACUGUGUUUCUAUCUCUCUGACCACUCAAGCUCUUUUACAUUCAGACCACAUUCACUCACUGAAGGCAGAGCCCAUCAGUUUCUGACUAAUCCCGCUCACUCACCACUAGGAGGGGGAGAUGGGGUGAAGUGUCUUGGACUGGGGCUCAAACCCCCAACCCUCUGAUUGAGAGACAGUUGACUGUACCACAGAGCCACAGCCGUCCCUGACUAAAUUUGAAACACAGACUUAAAACUUCAAAUUCGUUAGUGAUUCCCAGACCAGCUGGAGUUCAGACCUCCUUGUGUGUUUGUUUUGUAUUUGAACUACAUGAAACAAAGAGAUAAGAGGUAGAAGGUACCAGGUGUAGUUCAGGCUGUGUCGGUAGAGUGGAGGUGUGCAUUGUUAGUUUGUUAUUGUGUUAGUUAAUUGUGUAUUGGUCUGUGAUGGCAAUAAAGGAAGAUGAAAGAAAAAAGACACAAAAAACAGAAGAAUCAGUCAUAAAAAUAAUGUAUAAAAGAAAAUGCAGGACCAGAGCAGUAACAACAGUGGUUAUUUUUCAGCCUAAUUGAUAAAAAAAGACCAAAUCUAAAUUUUUAUUAAACUUAAUCAUAAACACUACAUUAUCACCUCCCAUAUAAAAAUCACAGAAUUACCUGAUUGGUCUUAAAUCUGUCUAAACACCUUCAUAAAGAGCAGAAUACUAACAUACAGCUGAGGUGGUACGGAAUUCUCCACAGAAAUCAUCUCUGCCAUGAUAACAUGCAGAAAAUAGACAUGUGUACAUCCUGCACGCUCAGUACUCUAGAUCCUUAUCAUCAUGCCCCUGUCUCUCUGGGUACCAUUGAUAAAAAAAAAUUUAAAAAAAUGCUGUGGAGCAACAUACAUCACUGAUCGCCGUAGCACUAAGUAACACAAGACCUCUACUCAGUGCCUUUGCCACUGCCAAGCUGAAGACAACAGAGUGGUUAAAACUUACUGACAUAGAGAUCCACAAACAACCCUGAGACCAAACUUAACCCUCUGAAGCAGCCCAGACCCUCCUCUUCUUAGAGGAUUACACUUCAGCCUGUGAACCCAAACAGUUCACCCACUUCUCACCCUGUGUUAUCAGUCUUAUAGUGCUUUACGGUGGAAAAGUAAUACUCAGAGGAUACUGAUAAAAAGAAGGACAAUAAUAUUGGUGCUUAUGUAAACGCUGAAGAUGAUCAGACAUCAUUAAAGGUGACAAAGACAGUGAUAGAGAUGAUACUUUAAGAGUGACUCACUGUCUUGCUGCUAUAUUUGCUGUAUAUAUAUAUUUUUGUCCUUAUUUUACUCUGUAUUCAUGGAUAUUUGUCUUCAAUAAUAAUAACAUUAAUCACAUCUGUUCCUCUGUCUCAGGUGGCUCCAGUGGUUCUUCCAAUGACAACCGUAACUACCGCUACAGUAACCGCUACUACAACUCUGCUGUUACACAUUCAGACUAUGAGAUGACCAGCCCUCAGGUAACCACACUCACACUUUACACAAACAUUCAAACCUUCAUGCUUAAAAAAGUCUGUGCAGUGUUUUUAAUGAUAUCACUUCAAAUCUGACAUUCAAAGGUCGUAGAUCGCAUACACAGGUAGCGCCUCCAUGGACUGUGUUGUUAUCCAUCAGUGACUAUGGUCGUAUAUGAAGUCAAGCUUCUCCAGUAGCAUUACCACCAUAGACAGAAGUCAUGGCCAUAGAUUUUAACCUUCAGCGUGAUCAGGUCACUGUCCUAAACCGACCAUCAUGAUCAAAGAAACAAUGAUGAGGGCGGAGUUAACAGAAGUGAAUAUGACAGCUGCUGAAUUAAGUGUGGUUGAAAGGAAAACUUCCAGCCUCCUUUUCCCUGAUUUUUGUAAACCUCACUGUCGCUCACAAAGCAGAUUAAAUGAGCGAGCUGUGAAAUGGACUAAACAGGCACAGGAAAGUUUGAAAGAGCUUCAACGUCGUCGCAUCCUUCAACACUGUCCUGAUAGCAUAGAGGAACCUGACAAGUCUGAGAACAAGUCUUGCAAAGUAAUCCUGUAAACAGGUCGUCUGACUCCAUCAGCGUGUGGUAUCUUAGUGUACAGAAAUGAUCAAAAGAGGACUGAUAGACAGAAACUAUGAGGCACCUUUAUGGAGAAGAAUAGAGUCUGGAGGUACAGACAGAGUGCCAGGUAGGUUGUGUUUUUCCUGGUUUUUCUGUCUCUCAUCUCUGCGUCCCCCUUUCUCUCACCUCCCCUCCUCCCCCAGGCUCCCGCCCAGCAGCAGAUGAGGAUGUGGCCGGGCAAUGAAGGUGGAGGUGGGGGUCAGGACCCAGCAUACACCCAGUUGCUGCUCCACAAACCGGCCGCCUCCCAACAACACCAGCGCCACUUCCUGGACCAGGCCCAUCACCCCCACCCCACCUAUUCCCAUCACGGGAAUGGCGGGCGUGGCCUGCGGCAGGGCGGGCAGACGGGCAUUGGUGGUGGGGGGGGCCAGCAGGGAUCCUCGCCCCAGAUGAGUGACAGCAUGGAUGUGGGCGUGUCCCUCGGGUUGCACCACCUCGGGGCAGUGUCUUCCAUGGAGGCGUCUCAGUUUGGCUCUGCCUCGCUGCCCCUCGCUCUGCCCAUCGGACUGUCAGCCUUCCGGACUCGGACGGCCACCACCGCCCCGGGGCCACAAGCCCCGCCCCCCGAGGACUACUACCCCGCCUCCAACAACAAUAAUCCUGCCGCGGGGGGCCGAGGGAGGCCGGACUCAGACGAGGGGCCGGCCAACUCUUGAUAAAACCUGAACCAUGCCCUAAAGCCAUACGAUUUUAACUACAACUACUACAAGUCCACACACACGCCGAGUCAGAGACUCGAGGAGAACUGAUGCUGCAGGAGACAGUUUGUACUGCAUGAGAGGAGGAGGAGGAGGAGGAAGAGGAGGAGCAGAGGAGCACGCUUUUAGUUAGUUGUCUUCUGUUGCGUGAGGCUGGAGAGGAAUGAUUGUGAGGCGUUUGUUUUUAUUAAUCUUCUUCUUCUUGUUGUUUCAUAUUCUGAUUUCUCGCUCUGAGGAGCUGUGUGUUCUUUGGUUGUUUUUUGAUGCCUGGAGAGGAGGGGGAGGAAGAGGAGGGAGAGGGAGGGAGGAGCCUACUUCACCUUCACACCGGUUCAUAUUUACAGCAGUCUUAACACACACACAGACACACACACACUCACACGCUCACACACAUACACGUUCGGAGGAGACAGCCCCGUGUGGUCCAGGACUUCUUCUUCUUCUUCUUCUUGGUGUCCUCCCUCUGUGGAGCGGGGCAGGGAAGGGGGAGGCGAUCGGGGGAGGAGGUGACAGGACACUGAAGCCCCGCCGUGCGCUCACACAGAUCUCCUCCUCUUCCUCCUCUUUGUCCUCCCCGCUCCUCCUCCUCCUCUCCUCCUCCUCCUCCUCCUCCUCCUCCUGCUGCGCUCCUCCUCCAGACAGCUCCUCCUCUCUGUGCUGCUAAUCACCAUGACAACUGGUCCGGAUUGCUGCUAAAGAUCCAACACAGAUCAAUAAAGAAAUAAAAAGAAAUAGAAACAGAAUAAAAACUUUUUAACCUUCUGCUUAAGAGAAAAGGAUAAAGUAAGAACCACUGCAUCUCAAUGUAUUUAUUACUAUUUAACAUGAAAAAACAAACUGAAAGUAACCCUUUUUUCUGCUCUUCUUUGUUUGGUUGCCUUCUUUCUGCAGGUGAGCUCUGAUUGGCUAUUGUAACAGUGACAGUAACUGGUGACAUGGGAAUGACACCAGUUGUGGGGGCUGGGUGGAGGGGAGGGGUCGGGGCAAAAUAAAGUUGGAUAUAUAAUAAGAAUAAAGAGUAUACUUUUGCACACCAAAGUCAAACAAA